AUGUUGGACGGCCUGAAAAUGGAGGAGACUCUGCACGACGCGCUCGAGCCGCCUCCGCCGCAGCCGACCUCCCUCUCCUCGGCGCUGGGUGAGUGCCAAAGUUCCCCGCGCAACGCCGCCGAGGCAGCCCCUUCCCAAAGCGAGCCCUGCUUCCGUGCCGGAUCCCUUCGGGUGCCGGAGUUGCUCCGCCUGCCUUUCUGUCCCGCGGGAGCUGCUCGUUUGAUCCCGAUCCCGAAGGAAGAAACGGAGGACAGGCGGCGCCUGCAGUCUCGCCAGCCCGGCGGGGUUCAAACGACCAGCUCCGGGGUGCGUCUUAGGUGGGAGGAAAAGAGGGCGGGGGGAACGGUUUUCUCCGUAGUGGGAAGAAAAUAAGCGUCCCAAGUGCCUUCGCGAGGAAGGAGAGAGAGAAGGGACCCCUUGCAAUCUUCACCAUCACCCAUAGAAUUUAAGAACGAACCUGCCCAAAUAGCAAUAUCUAUGUCUUUAUUAGUUUACUUACCCAAGCCCACAAACACACAGAGAUCUAUGAGGUUAAUAACUAGCACAGAAAUCUUGUUCUGUACACGCUGCAUGGAGCUGGAGCGGAUAAUCAUCGCGCCAGGGCUAAUAACGUUUCUUGGAAGGGAAUAGCGGAGAACUUCUUUCCUCCGCUUCUGUAUGCCCGCACCCUGCACGGCAGUUGUUCCUCUGCCGUCGUCGUCGGCGCAUCUUCUCCGUCGGCUCACUCAGCAGCGCCGCGCAAUGAAAGCCUCUUUGUCCUGGACGUUGCGCGUUUCAAGUUUCGAGGGUCGCGCAGUGGGCAGAUGGAGAACAUCGCGACCACAGGUGGCACGGGAUUGUCCCGGGAUGCGGUUGUCCCACCCGAGGACAAAAAGCAACUUUUGUCUCGACGAAUCAUCUCUAAAUGGUAAUAUAACAGGACCGCAAAUUCUAGGCAGGAAAAAUCGAUUCUGUAUCUAAGAAAACAUGGAUAAAUUUUGAAAUAUUUCGCCCCUUCCUGGGAGCAAAAUCUUGGUUCUGUCUUUGCCCUUCCAAAUAUACAGCCCCUGGUGCCCAAUAUUUUCCAGCCUGGAAGGGGACUUCGGGGAGCAGCGCGCCUUUGAAUCGUUUGUUCAAGUCACCAAAUGACCGAGUCUCAUAAGUAUAUUUCACAUUGUAUUUCGAAAGAGAAGCAGAUAUGAAUAAGACACCUUAUUUUAAAAGAAUUUUUCGUUUAGAAUUCGAGGCCUUUUUCGUUUUCGCUUCGCUUUGGCCCGAGGGCGGCAAACAUUCGCUCAGCCUGAAUCUUGCCUCCUUUCUUCAAGUGUAAUAGGAUUUUAUUAGUCACAGCCUUAGAAAAAAGAAAACCAAACAAACAAAAAAGAAAACCACAGAGCCCCUUUUUUGUUGUUUAAAAUCCAGCUGCAUUUUUCUAAAGAAUAAACUUUCUUUUCAUAACGCCACGAUGACGGGCGGGAUGCUUUGCAUCUAAACCAAAGAGCGUUUCGACAGCGGCUCAGGAUCCCGCGCCUUCGUUUUGAAAGGACAUUAAAAAUCAGCUCGCUCCUUACUGAAAACAGACAUCUUUAGGGAGAGCGAAAUCCCCGUCGGGGUUUGCAAGGGACGCGAUUAGUUUGGGAGAUGUAAGGAAAUGAAAUAAAACUUGUGGUUUGAGAGGGAUCGGCGUGCAAAGGCGCCCCGUCGCAAGUCCAUUUGGGGCUGCGCAGAUUCCCACCUCAAGGCCAUAGCCUUGUUUUUUCGGACUGGCCUCAGGCCGGUGUUUACUUUCGAGCCACAGCCCGAUCCUAACGCACGUUCUUAGCCAGGAGUCCCGUCCGGCUCCAUGGAACUAAGGCAGGGGCGCACGGGAGGUGGGGAGGAGGCGCGUCCUGGCGCGUCCAAGGAACCGCAAGCGCCUCCGCCCCGUCGGAGAAAACGGGUUUGAGCCCCCGAAUGGCGGCUGCCAAGAACUGUCCCUUCCGCCGGCUGGAGUAGUUCGCUCGCGCGGAACCUGCCUAAGCAGCCCUCCGCAGCCGCCCCGUGCCGAGAGAGCUGCGCGCCCUGUUUUCCAGUCCGCAGCGCGCCGGGAAAGCGGACGGCGGAGGGGCGGGGGCCAGUUUUCAGCUCCCUCGCUCCGGGGGCAAGGAAAUGGUGCUCGCCGCGAGGGGAUGGGGACCGCAGCGGGAGCAAGGGGCCUUCUUGGCCGUCGGGCUGAGUUGCGCCUUGGAUGGCGAGGCUGAGGGGAUGGGGCGAUCCCCGGGACGGUUCCUCAUGGCCCUCGCGUUCGUUGCAGGGGGAGCCCCGGCGCGGGCGCGCUCGGUGUGCGAGGGCUGCGGCGGCAUCAUCGCGGAGAGGUUCCUGCUGCGCCUCAACGAGCGCCUGUGGCACGAGCGCUGCGUGCGCUGCGCCGCCUGCCAGGAUCCCCUGCGAGGCACCUGCUUCUUCCGCGACCAGAAGCUCUACUGCCGCCUCGACUACGAGAAGUAAGUGGCGCGCCGGCGGGGCGGGCAGCGGGGCCCCGCGCUCACCUUAACCCAAGACCCGCGAGCGGAAGGCGCGUCGGAGCCAGAAGGCGCCUCGGAGCCUGUUCCCACGAGCAAAGCGCAGAGAAGGCGCGGGGCUGCAUUCGAGGGAACCCGGGCGGCCAGUGGGGUCCAGGCGCCCAGACCCGCCGGGACCUGUGCGCCCGGAGCCCUCGCGUUUCCUCUCCAUGCUGAAGUCCUAGGAGACUUGGCGGGCCAAAGCAGCGGGAGGACUUGGAUAUGAAUAGGUUCGGGCAGCCAGGAGACACGGGAUUGCAGUCUUAGACUUGGGGCACAGCUUGGUCUGCCAGUUGCAAGACCAGGAGUGCGAUGGGGGCAUCCUGCGGGUCUCUUCUCGCUCCCGGUUGAACGCGGCGCAUCUCGCUUUAGAGGGAAGCAAAAGGUUUCUCGUCAUGGGUGGAGUCCCUCCCCCCCCCCCCCAGUAAGGACCAACUUGGCAGUUACAGAUAGACAUGUGCCACCCAACAACACCUCAGCAAAUCGUCUCUAGGACAAUGGGGCAAAACUCUCUGGAUCUCUCUCACUGAAACGGGGGGGGGGGGAUAACAGCUCCCCACCCCACGGUUUGAGUGAGCGGCUGGUGAAUGAAUGCUGCCCUUUCAUAUUAAGGGCAUCUUGAGAAUAAACAGGAGUCACAAUUUGGCUCAUGUCUUCACUUCAGACAUGUGAUCUUGCUGCAAGUUAUCCUUUGUAUGCAGCUUCUGAUUCCCACACCUAAGUGAUAUCCAUGUCUUCUGUGAAGGAGAGUGCCCAGAUUGAGGCAAGGGUGCAACUCUCAAAGGGAGGGAUCAGCUAAAACGGUGCCUAUAUAUCUAUAUAUUGCUGCAUUCUUUCCUGUUUCCUUCAAAGCGCUACUGGUCAGAUGGCCCUAUUAUGUUCCUCACUUCAGUGUUGAACUGACUCCCAUUGCAACCCAUAAAAGAGCCCUGUUGGGUCAUGUGGGUCCAGCAUCCUGCAACAUCCAAAGGCCGCCAGGAAACCCCCAAGCAGAGGAUGGGGGAAACUAUCUUCACACAUUCCCCCCUCCCCCAGAACAGCCUCCAAAAUGGAUGUUCCCGUUACCUAUAGUGACUUAUUUCUAUAGCAGUUCUCUAUUAAUCUGUCGAAUUACCUUCCACCUUAGCUAAGUGCUUUAAACAGAAAGCCCUUAUCCACCCAUCCAUUAGUGGAGUUUUACAGGGUGGUAGAAGGGAGGCACCCACUUUCAAACUAUGCCAAGGCUGACUGCUGUCCUCCCAAGGCCCAUGGUUCUAGGACGGAUUUAUCUGUGAGAAACAAAGCAGUUUUUCAGAAUAGUGGUGCUUGUGUCAAAACUGGUAUCAUAUUCUGUAGUCCUGAAUUGGAAAGGGUUUGUGUUAGAAUUUCCUUAACUGGUUUCAUUCAGUGAUUUGUGGAAGUGUUUUGCUCAUAUCAUAGUGUUGAGACAUCUGGCGGUACUGAAUGCCCAGACACACCUACAAGAACCCUGGGUUUUCUCCCAUGGCUUUACGGAGUUAAUGUGGAUUGGCAAGAAUGGGUAGUAUUCAACUAAGUUUUACUUGCUUAGAUGAACUUAUUUCAAUGGGCCUACUCUGACUAAAACCAUGUGCACAGCGGUUGUAAUAAUAAGAGAUUUAGGGCGUCUCCAGAUUACCUGUUUGCAGGGUAUUCACCCUGAUUUACUUGCACAAUGUUUACACAGAGGUUAUAUGAUGUCUGCUAUUUAUUGAGCAUACAUUCUUAUUUGUUUGUGGGGAGGUUAUAUGACAGUGAGUAUUCAUCCUGAUUUUUUUUUUUUUUGAGGAAUAUGCAUUUCCAUCAAAUUGCUGCUCCCCCACACUUUUUUAACGCACUCCCUUGCUACUUUCUUAACCACAAAAUGCACUUUCUAAAAAAAGUGGACGUGUUGUGCUGGAACACUUGAAUCCACUUUAAUUGCGUAACCUAAAUUUUCUGGUAUGCAAUUGAAUCCCUCCUGCAAAACAUUGACAGCCUGGAGGCAACCUGAGAUUAUCCUUUUAAAGCACGUAAAGGUAAAGGACCCCUUACAGUUAAGUCCAGUCGCGAAUGACUCUGGGGUUGAAGUGCUCAUCUUGCUUUACUGGCCGAGGGACCUGGCGUUUGUCUGCAUUCAGUUUUUCCGGGUCAUGUGGCCAGCAUGACUAAGCCGCUUCUGGCGAACCAGAGCAGUGCAUGGAAACACCGUUUACCUUUCCGCCAGAGCGGUACCUAUUUUUCUACCUGCAUUUUUUGACGUGUUUUCCAACUGCUAGGUUGGCAGGAGCUGGGACUGAGCAACGGGAGCUCACCCAUCGCGGGGAUUCGAACCGCCGACCUUCCGAUCGGCAAGCCCAAGAGGCUCAGUGGUUUAGACUGAGGAGACAAUGGUGGUUUUGGUGAUGCUGAGCAGAUGCAAUUGCAGGCAGGAGGGGGGUAGCCCCAGUAAUCCUUUGUGUUUCCAUACUAAGAAAACGAUAGUUGUUGUUUUUUAAAAGGAGUAACAACCCAUUUUAACCCAGAAGCCACUUUUGUGGCAGAACACUUUCUUUACAGAGAGAAAGUAAUGCUUAGGAAGGCCUCUAAAUCUUAGCCAGAGGGCUUGUCAUUAAGCUCUGCGCCAUACACUGAAUUUAACCCUGGUAUCCUCUCCCAAAAGAAUCUGAGGGAAAUGUAGGGAUUGCUAACAGAAAAUGUUCAUCACCUUGCCAAACUACAACCCUCAGCAUUCUUUGCAGGAGGUCACUACCAUUAAAGUGACAUAAAACUGAUAUAAAUAUGUAAUGUCGAUUUGCAUUUAAUUGUAAUGGAGUUACAGCUAUCAGUAGCAUCUGUGUCGACAUGAAUGUUCUUGUUUUUUUUAAGUAAAUAUUUUGUUCCUGCUUUGGGGUUCUUCCCCUCUCCUGACAUAGUGCAACCCAGCCUGUACCUUUUUUUGGUAGACUUAUCCAAAUGGCAGUUCCCCUGGUUAGAUUAAGGGCUGGAUUUGCAGUGGGCAUGGUAGAGGGAGACCCUAUCACUCAUAAUUUCUGGGUGCUUGCCUCCAUUAAAGGCCUGCUGUUCUGUGUGAGUUUAUGUCCAUUGCUAUUUGGCAUAGGAAAGCCUGGUGCCUACAAUACUCUUAUGUUGUGUUUGCUGCAAUGGAGUAACACUUUGGAAGUAUUAGAAUGGACGAAUGUUUUGUGAAUACCUGGUUGUUGUUGUUCAAAAUAGCAUUUGUCAAUAUCUUUGCUGCGUGUGCAGCAGGAGAUUUAGUUCCAUUUGGCUUGCAAAUGAGCUCCAUGUAGCUGGAAAAUUGGCAUGUUCUUGGGCCAGAGUUAUACUGUUACUCGUUCUGUUCUCUCUCGACCUGAGUUUCUUUGCAGGGCCAGAUUGCAAAGAGACCUUGAGCAGGUGCUGGGAAAUGCAGACAGUGAAUUGAGAGUGCAGGGAAAGUUCACGCAUUUGAAGGGCCACUGCAACACACAGUUGUUGCUCAAGGACCUUCUCUGCCCAUGAGGCAUGGCCUUCAAAUGUCACAUGGCAGGUAUAUAUGUUUGCAAGUGAUAAUUAAAGCAUAAUGCUUGUGAGGAAAAGAAAGGCAGCGUGCCUUCUGUAUGAACCAAAUAACCAAAUACUUAGACAAAAGGGUAAUGUUGUUAAGAUGUACUAUUGCACCUUUUGCCUGUUUCCCAUUGUCUGAAAACUUCACUUUGAUUGCAGGAUCAACUUUCUGUGCUGUAUGAUAAAACAGAAUAAUUUUCUCUUCUCCUGCUUCUGGCUAAACUCUCACUAUUUAUUUAUUUUGAGUUAUGGUGACUAGCUGCAGAACAAACCUAUAAUAAUAAUAAAUAAUAAUUUUAUUAUUUGCACCCAAUCCAUCUUACUGGCUUGUCCCGGCCACUCUGGGAGGCUUCCAGCAUAAAAAAUAAAUUAAAAAAACCCUAACCUAUCUCAUAUCUGUAAUUAUACCACUAUGAUUACUUCCAUCGAGUGGCCUGGGACAUUUUGGUAUCUGAUACAGAAAAUCUAGAUGGCACUUUUGCUUCCACUAUCUGGCAUGCUGGGGAACGAUAUACCAACAGAAAGUUUUCCUGUGGAAACUUCAUUGAAAUGAGCAACUGCUCUGCGAAAGUGCUGCCAUUUCUACAGAGCUUGUGCAAAAACAAACAAACAAACAAACAAACAAACAAACAAACAAACAACAGCUUCCUAGUGGUGAGUCAGAUCUGUCUCUUCCAUUCUGCCACCCUCAAAGGUGCCCCAAAGCUGCUAGCUGAGGUGUCUGCCUCAGCAGGGGCGUAGGAAAGGGGGUGUGGGGCAGCGGGCUGCCUCAAGUGCCAUCAUGGGUGUGUGUGUGUGACAAAUUAUCAAGGAACAAUUACUAAAAAACUAAAAAAUUACAUUAAAAACUUCUUCUUUUUUUGAAAAUGUCUGCUCCAAAGGUCUUAUCUUAAUGCACUAGGGAUUAUAUAGCUACAUAUGAAAUUCCAUGCAUAUCAGUUAAUAUCUUGACCCUCCUCCACGAAAAUAGCUGUUUACUUGGCCGUUUUCCUAAUAUCCUGAAGGCUGAAAUUUCAACAAAGCACGUGCCUUUGCUAGACUCUUUUCGGGCACCUGUUAUAAAAGCAUUCUUCUUUAGGUAAGCAUACCUAGAUGCUUAGGAAGUUGAAGUAAUUUUAAUCUUCAAAUUUUAGCUUUUGUAUGUUUUAAAGUAGGAUUGUUAAUUUUUCUUGAUUUUACUGCUGUGGUGCUGUUUUGUGUUUUUUGUUUUGUUUUGGUAAACCACUUUGCAAGGUUUUUUAAAAAUAAUUUUUGUUAAAUAAAUAAACAGUAAACAUAAAUAAAAUAACACAAGCCAAAACACAAUCCAUCCUGUAUAUUUAAGUAUCUGCCCAUAGUCGCCUACUGUUGUUAUCAGAGGCUCAGAAUCCACAUUCCUUUGUAAGAAAAUAUGAAAUAACGUAAAACCAUUUUUGCAGGCGAAAAAUAAAAAUAAAAAAUCAGUGGUGGGGGGGUGACAAGAAAUUUCCCACACCGGGUACCACCUGACCUUCCUACUCCUCUGUGCCUCAGAUAAUCUUAUUGUCUGGUAGAACUGCCUUGGGUUCCCAAAAGCCUUAUAGUUUUCCAGUUGCCGGGUUUAUCCUGCGCUCCAUAUAUCCACACUGUCCCAUGAUAUGUUGUUAAUUAUAUGCUAUUGGUUAUUAGAGUGAAGGAAAGCGUAUUCCUCUUUUCUUUCUUUAUGUCUUCUUUUACUCAUAUAUAUAUUUACAGUAGGAAACAACCUAGCCCUCAAGCCAUUGGAAAAACGUUCUGUUCCUACGGCCUUUCCUAUCGCGUUCAUGAGAAUUAAACAGGUUGACAAUUGUGACCGUGAAGCUGUUUUGGGACCACUCUUCUCGGAUUGUUCUUUCAAGGCAGCCCUGUUCAGGGAAGUUUUUAAUGUGUGACAUUUUAAUGUAUUUUUAAUCUUUGUUGGUAGCCGCCCAGAGUGGCUGGGGAGACCCAGCCAGAUGGGCGGGGUACAAAUAAUAAAUACUACUACUACUACUACUACUACUACUACUAAUGUGCCCAUUUAACCACCCAUUAAGCAAAGGGGUGUGUGGGAUGUGAUAAGAACGGGAACUACUUCACAAAAAACGCAAGCAAUAAUCUGAUGAAUGAAGUUUAUCCAGGGUGAAACCAGAUUGAUAUUCUGCUGGCUUCUUGACUCUCUUAACAGUGGCAGGAUUCGAAUUAGCGUCUUCUAAAGUUUGAACCACUUUUCUGCCUUCCCAGCAGUAUUGCCAACAGAUUAGAUUUAACUGCUGUUGUGAAUGUUCUGUUUGUUGUAAUUACUGUUUUAUUUUACAUGGUCAUGGCUGAAACAGCAAAGGCUGGCUGAGGAGCAGGAGACUGGUGUCUUCUUUAGAUAGGAAAAAUGAAAAUUGAGUUCUGUUGGUGGGGAUUAAGAUUGCGUGUCGUUUGAGUCACAGAGGCAGCCUAAGGGUCUUUGAUUUCUGUCGCCUUUGGUUUCUUUGCUAAUGACUCAGCUGUAUAGUUUAGAUAACUAGUUCAUAGCAACUUUCGGAUUUUAGUUUUGGUUCCUUCCACGAGGCAGAUUUGGUUACAAUGGUUUAGACGAUAUGGGACAUAAACAGUGCAAAGGUAAUAGAAGAUAGCAUAUUCAUUUGCACAAGAGUUAGAUAAAGGCUACAUGCCAGAUUGAACGAAGCAGUUGAGCCGAAAUUAAUUACACAGGCCACAGAAUGAAAUAUUAAAGCAACUAUUGUAGGGAUGCUAAAAAUAUUGGUUCUUGCCAAAUUCCACUUUGAGCUGGCCUCCUGGUUUGAAACAUAUUUCAAACUUCUCCAUAUUGUGCAAUGCAGUUCUUCACUCAGAAAGCUGCUUGGAUUGCUGGCAAAACAGGGUUUGGUUUACUGCCCUCCUUGAAAAAACACCUCAUAUACUAAAAGUAUCUAAAGGGCAGAGCUCAAAUGACCUAUACUGCAUGAUUUUAUUUCUCAUAUAUCGAGGCACCGGUAUAUGCAAAUGGCUGGCUUAUUUAAGACUAUAUAGAACCCCUUUUCUGAAUAAAGGCAGGGCAUACUUUUAUUUUUAUAUAUCUGUAUCAUUUGUAAAGGGAAUAUUUGCUAUUAUCCCUUUGGAACUGUGCUGUAUCUUUGUAUUUUUGUCCUUCCAAGCAGUGUCACUUCAUGGGUUGAAUUUCAGCUUUUUUUUGGUUACUUUCUUUUUGUUAUGUUUGUACUUUUUUUUUUUUUGCUAACAAAUCAAUAAAAUGUUAACUUUUUAAAAAGCUGCUUUUAAAAAUGUAUAUUUUAGGAUAAAGUGCCUUUAAAAAUGCAGACAGAGAGAAAUUAUAUGGCAAAUUUAGGGCAAUAUAGGUUGAAAAGUCUGUGUUUAAAUGGCAUUUAAACUGAUUUCUUUAAAAACAAAACAAAACAGAAAACCUUGCAGAUUAAUACGAAAAGAGAAUGAAAUGGGCUUAGCCAUGAACACACGCAAGAAUAACACAGACCAGAAAUAAAGAACGCUAAGCAUUAACUAAUAAAUAAAUACAAAUUCUGCUGACGUUAAGCCUUUUUUUUAAAAAAGUCCCACCAAUUUCAAUGCAGCAUAUUAAAAGGCAUGUUUGGUACGCCCAUUGAAAUCAAUGUUAUUUGAAAGUCCUCAGCUUUGGCAGGAUCAUGUUUCAUAGUACAGUACAUUGAUUAUUGCUUUCAUUUUAUGGAUUAAUGGUCUUGUUAGAUAGUAAAAUUCAUGUUAAAUUGCUGUUUUAGGGGUUGUUUUUAAAAGUCUUAAAGGAUUAAUCCAUUUUGCAUUACUUUCUAUGGGAAAACACACCUUGGUUUUGGAAUGCUUUGGUUUUGGAACGGACUUCCAGAAUGAAUAAAGUUUGAGAACAAAGGUACAAAGGUAAAGCUAAAGGGACCCCUGACCAUUAGGUCCAGUCGUGACUGACUCUGGGGUUGCGGCGCUCAUCUUGCUUUAUUGGCCGAGGGAGCCGGCGUACAGCUUCCGGGUCAUGUGGCCAGCAUGACUAAGCCGCUUCUGGCGAAUCAGAGCAGCGCACGGAAAUGCUGUUUACCUUCCCGCUGGAGCAGUACCUAUUUAUCUACUUGCACUUUGACAUGCUUUCGAACUGCUAGGUUGGCAGGAGCUGGGACCGAGCAACGGGAGAUCACCCCGUUGCGGGGAUUCGAACUGCCUACCUUCUGAUCGGCAAGUCCUAGGCUCUGUGGUUUAACUCACAGCGCCACUCGCAUCCCUGAGAACCAAGGUACCACUGUAUAUAAAAUAAAAAAAAUAGACUGCUAUGAACCCUUUGGGUGAUCACUUUGAUGGGGAGCUGCCACUUUGUUAAUGGCGGCCAACAUUGAGCUCUUGAAACAGCUGCCUCUUUGCCUGUCGUUGGACUGGCACUGUCUGCAGUUCUUGCACCAAAUACUUUGGAGUUGCUCUACUGUUGAGUUCAGCUGGCUAACUGCCAAAGAAGUGGUUUGGGAAAUGUAAUAUGUUGUUUCAUGAUAAACGAAUGAUUCCAUUGCAGUGCAGUGUGACUUUGCCAACAUUGUUCGAUCAAACCCUCCACUGACAGCGCUUACGUUUUGCAGCAGAAGAAAAGAAGAUGGAACAGGGCUGUGUUUCAUCGCGGUCGGUUUUUGUGUGAGCGGGAAUGAAGUUUGGGUACCAACUUGGAGAUCAAAAAUGACAGCUGUGACUGCUUUUCCGAGAACUGCUUUUACAAAACCGCAAUCACAAUCAUUUACUAAGGCUUCCAUUUUACUGGGGGGGGGGGGUGAAUAAAAUAAAAACCACAUUUGUAAGUUUUAGUCACUUGUAGCUAAGGUUCCAGAUGAUAUGAAGCAUACCGUCCCAGAGCCCUUGUGACGGUAGAGAGCAGGAUCUGAGUUCCGGUUUAGUCAAUUGUUGGUUCAGUUCUGAAUGCUCUUUGGAUCAUAGCUGUCAACUUACAGAUUUGAAAAUAAGGGACCAGCAGCCUUGAAAAUAAGGGAUCAGCAGCCAAAAUAAGGGAUUUUAGUCAACCAGCAGCCAAACGAAGCCUCAAGCGGUGGUUCCCACAGCGCAGCAACCCGGCAAAGGGGAUGCAGCAAGGAAAACCACCGUCACCUCUCCGCUGGGAAGCGCUGAGCAAUGCGGCCGAUUUGAUCAGCACAAAGCAUGCAAGCUCCACCCCCCCAGUCGUUCUUAGACUCCUUAUUGGGUGAGCAACACAGCCAAGCAACACAGUUGGAGACUCCCUCCUCCCUGGCCGGCAGGGAGGGAGGGAGAGGAGCUGCUUCCUUUGAAACCGGGGAAAUUUAAGGGACAUCAUCAAUAAGGGAUAGCAGCGGGACACAGCGCUGGGAUAAGGGACUGUCCCGCCAAAUAAGGGACAGUUGACAGCUAUGCUUUGGAUGAUUAAUUGACCAAGUUUUUUUUUUAAUUCAGUGCCUGCACAGAAUACAAUGAAUUAAAACAGAACAAGUAAACCAGAAGAUUGAAGGCAUCCAUGUCCCGACACCAUUCUUUCACUCAAGGACACUGCAUCUUCUUUCUGGCUUUAAUCUAGUAAACCAAGGAUGUGAGCAGUUCAUCACAAACCCAAACUGAAAAGCACCUCACAAAACCGCAAGGACUUCAUACAAAUACCCACCCACCCAUAAACUUCACACCAACACAUGGGAACACUUCGCACAAGCUCACGAAUACAAAAGCACACACCCAAGGGAUUCACAAGUAAACAAGAACUCAUAAUCAGGGCUAUUUUUCUAGGAAAAGAGGUACUGGAACUCACCAUGAACGCCUCCCUCGUUCUCGUAGAGCGGCAAUGGCGCCCACUUGAGAGGUGCCGGAACUGAGUUCUGGAGAGUUCUAGCCGAAAAAAAGCCCUGCACCUCAUACUCAUACAAAUGCACAAGCCCUCACAGAUUCAUACAUCCAGGACCUUUUUCCAACCUUUCAUUCAAUCAUUCCUAUCUAUAUCAAGAUUUGUUGAGAAAUAAAUGAAACAUACCGUAUUUUUCUGUCUGCAAGAUGCCCCCAUGUAUAAGACGCACCCCUUGCUCGCGGCAACAACCAAUCGCCAGUCCACCCUCGGCAGUAUCCGUGUAUAAGACGCCCCCUGAUUUUUGACCUUAUUUUUUAGGAAAAAAAACUAGUCUUAUAAAUGGAAAAAUACGGUAUUUCAUGUAUGCAAUUACGGCAGCUAGAAUAUUCGUGGCGAGAAACUGGAAAAGUUAAACAACACCAACAAUAACAGAGUGGCAGACACUUACGAUAGAGUAUUUGCAACUAGCAAAACUGAUGGGAAGAGUUAGAGGAGCUUUAAAUCAGAAAGUAUAUGGAGAAUGGAGAAUAUUUAAGAAAUAUUUAAGACUAUACUGUACAAAUAAUACCAUACUAGCAGAACUUGAAUGAUACCUGUAAGUAAAAAAAGUAAUAAAUAUUUUGUUGGAUUAUAUGAAAAAAAAUAUGAUAUAACGUAAAGCUGUGCAAGAAAACAAUGACAGUAUAAACAGUAUAAUGAGAACAACUGGAAGUUUUAUAUCCAAUUUUUUUAUUUGAUUGUUAUUUAAGAAGUUGCAGUUUCUUUUUGUAUAUAGUUUUUUCUUUUCUCUCUUUAUCUUGACUCUUUUUUCUUUCCUUUUUCUUCUUUGUUUCUGCUGUAAAUGAUAUUUUAUGUCUGUAUUUUAAACCAAUAAAGAUUAUUAAAAAAGAAAAAAAGAAAAAAGAAAAAUACGGUAUGUCCGCUCUUUGCCUUUCCUAGGAACCUACCGUAUUUUUCGCUCUAUAAGACGCACCAGACCACAAGACGCACCUAGUUUUUGGAGGAGGAAAACAAGAAAAAAAAUAUUCUGAAUCUCAGAAGCCAGAACAGGAAGAGGGAUCGCUGCGCAGUGAAAGCAGCAAUCCCUCUUGCUGUUCUGGCUUCUGUGAUAGCUGCGCAGCCUGCAUUCGCUCCAUAAGACGCACACACAUUUCCCCUUACUUUUUAGGAGGGAAAAAGUGUGUCAUAUAGAGCAAAAAAUACGGUACAUGUUUAAGGCUUGGAAUAGAUAUAGGUUACCAACCAGACUUUAAUAUCUCAGAGCAUCCAUUACUUCUUGAUCUCAGGAUCUUAGGUAUGUAACCUGAUAUCUGUAGCAAUUUUGUAUAUUUUACUUUUGUGUGUGUGCGCAAAUUAUCUUUUAACGUCAGAUUUUCAAAUUCUACUGUUCCCCAAAGAGGGGUGUGUUUUGUGAUCAGAGUAUGGGCUAUGUUCUUUAUCUUUAACACUGAAAGUUGUGGGAAAGCCUGUUGCGUUUCAUUGUUAAAUGAAAUGUUUUAGAGAUGCCGUCUCUGAAUAGCUUUCUUAGUCCCAUUAGUCCAUGAUUAGAGAGAAGUUAAAGAUUACCCAUUAAAUUUCCUUGUUCCAUUUCCUUAUUGUAUUUUUUUUUAACAGUUAGAUUCCUUUUAAUUUCAUUCCAAAUACUGAACAAUGUUUCAGUGCAGGGAUUUGAUUUAAUUAUUUCUUUGUCUGAUUGUGUUCAAUGCCAGUGCUGAGGAUCUGUCUGUCUGGAACCAGUUUUUCAAAAUCGUCAACAUGGCGGCCUGAUCAUUCACAUUUAUACAUGCGAAGGCCAGUCCACAAUCCUCAAUUGUACUGGAUAAUACUUUCCUAGCCACUUUUAGUUCUUUUCUUAUUCUAGAAAAAACACACCAAACUUCCAUUUUUGCCAGUUGUCAGUUAUUCUGAAUGCCUGCGGUUGAUUUGUGCAUUUCCCACUUAAUAUCUUUUUACAAAACAUUGCAAAGAGGCAGCCAGCAAAGUCUAAAUGCUCAUAUUGUUUUUCUUUGGCAAUAAGGAGCAGUCGUGCUGGGCAAGACUUGUGUAUAAUUCAAGAGGGACCAAGGUGGGAAAGAUUUGGUGGCUAUAGAGGAGAAGGGGAAGGGCUAAAGAGAGAAGAGGCGGGGUUAGAAAGAAGUGGGAGGCGUCAAGUAGGGAAAGAGCUUAGUCAGCAGAAAAAGGGGCACUGCCUUAAGGGGCUCAGUGAAGUUCUGUCCCUCAAGGCCCUCCAAAAAUCUGGAUGGAGUUAAAGGUAAAGGUAAAGGGACCCCUGACCAUUAGGUCCAGUCAUGGCCGACUCUGGGGUUCUGGCACUCAUCUCGCCGAGGGAGCCGGCGUACAGCUUCCAGGUCAUGUGACCAGCAUGACUAAGUUGCUUCUGGCGAACCACAGCAGCGCAUGGAAACGCCGUUUACCUUCCCGCUGGAGUGUUACCUAUUUAUCUACUUGCACUUUUGCUUUUGAACUGGUAGGUUGGCAGGAGCAGGGACCGAGCAACGGGAGCUCACCCCGUCGCAGGGAUUCGAACCGCCGACCUUCUGAUCGGCAAGCCCAAGGCUCUGUGGUUUAACUCACAGCGCCACCCGCGUCCCUUCUGGAUGGAGUUACAGGCUUCUAAAUCAUUUGGUUGAAGGGCAUACAGAAUGUGAGCUGCUCUCACCCAGUUUAAGAAUUCUAUUUUAGAAAGAGCAAAGAAUAGACCUGGAUUCCCGCCAUUCAGUUCAUCCCUGAUUAGAUUUGUGUCUAGCAAUUAUCAUUGUAUAGGAAGGAGCAGAGAUGAUGGAUAUUUGGCAGGCUCAGUGUUUGGCUUACUCCCAUGGAUGAGGCAGACAGGCCAAGCAAACACCUCAGCUGUGUCCCAUGUUGAAAGGCAUAGGGCUCAGCUAGGACUUAAGCUGAGAGUGGUUUUGGAUGGUAUAGUUGUGACGUACUAAACUACAGCUAGGUUGUGUGUGUGUGUGUGGGAGGAAUCAAUAGGUUCUUUCUCUCCCUUUUUUCUUUUGAAGAGGGUUGAAGAAGUUACAACAAGCUGCCUAUUUAUCCCAGUACAUUAGAACCUCGGUUUUCGAACAUAAUCUGUUCCGGAAGACCAUUCGACUUCCAAAACGUUUGGAAACCGAAGCAGGCAUUUCCGGAAACAUUUACGUCCAGAAAACUCAAUACGGAAGUCGCGUGGCACAUUCGGCUUCUGAAAAGUGUUUGAAAACCAAAGCAAUUACUUCCGGGUUUUCUGCGUUCGAAAGCCAAAACUUUCGAUUUCUGAGAUGUUCAAAAACCGAGGUUCCACUGUAGAUGCACUGCAGAUGCUCAAAAUGAUGUCACGCGCAUUUGCAGAAGCGGUGAAACUCGACCCGCGCACACGCAGAGGCACAGUCGCAUCUUACGUUUACUUCAGGAUGCGAACGGGGCUCUGGAACGGAUCCUGUUUGUAUCCAGAGGUACCACUGUAUCACCUCAGGUCAAACAGCUUUUGUUUAACCAGAGACAAAAGGAAGGAGUUUAUGUACCACAGGUGAUGAUGACUCAAUCAUACCACCUACAGCUCUCUGAAGGAUAAUUGUCUGUUGCUACCUAGAGUCCUUUUAUUGCUUCUAGUAUUGCUGAGUUCUACAGAAAAGUCCAGUGGCAUCUGGUGGCGGCUGGACCAAGAACAGGACUGCUAGGAAGUUAUGGGGGCAACACCAGGUUCUGAUCAUCUCCCCAUCCUCCUCCUUUGCAAAUAUACGGUGGGCACCUAAGUAUUGGAGUUAGCAACUGCCUAGUUGAUAUUGCAUAUAUAGCACUUAACUAAACUGAAAGUUUAGUUCUUUGUUUCAGAAGGGGUCCCUUGCUUCUUUGCUGGGAGAAAAGUUGUGUGGCUGCCCCCCCUCCGCCUGUUGGGGUUCUCUGCCUUCACUCCUCCUUUGCAAAGAGGUCCUUAAACACUGCCAUUUUAUUAACAUUCAACCGUGUCUUGCCUUGGUUCUGAAGGACUCCCUGCUGUCGUAAUUGCUAGUGUGAGUUCAUGCCACAAUAACUGUUCAUUAAAGGUAAAGGACCCCUGACAGUUAAGUCCAGUCGCGAACGACUCUGGGGUUGCGGCGCUCAUCUCGCUUUAUUGGCCGAGGGAGCCGGUGUUUGUCCGCAGACAGUUUUUCCGGGUCAUGUGGCCAGCAUGACUAAGCCCCUUCUGGCGAAACCAGAGCAGCUCACAGAAACACUCUUUACCUUCCUGCCGCAGCGGUACAUAUUUAUCUACUUGCACUUUGACAUGCUUUUGAACUGCUAGGCUGGCAGGAGCAGGGACCGAGCAACAGGAGCUCACCCCAUUGUGGGGAAUCAAACCGCCAACCUUCUGAUCGGCAAGGCCAAGAGGCUCAGUGGUUUAGACCACAGCGCCACCCGCGUCCCUAACUGUUCAUUACUCAUUGGUAACCCCCCCACUUAUUUCUAUGGCAUACAGAUGUACAGUAUUGCAGCCUGAAUUGGUUAAAGGUGCCAUGCAGGGUUAUGAGCAAAUGGAAAGGCUUUUAGGGCUAUAUUAAGCUCCAGAGUCUGAGAUUCUCUCUUUUUCUCUUCCCGCUCAUGCUUUACAGGCAAUAGCUGCUCCAGGUGCCUGGAGUGCCCAGCUGGCAUGUAUGUGUGUUCAAAACUGGCUGCAAAUGCCCCUGGGAGCGGCAGGUCAUGAUAACGUACUGUCUCAUCUAGGGACAGUGAUGUCAGUAUUUUCACUGCUACUAUUGCAGAGAUCGGAUUAUCACAUUUCUUACCACUGUGUGUGAUAGCGGAAGUCAAGCCGACAACUUCUGCUCUUUGAGAGAGCCAGCAUGGUGUAGUGGUUAGGAGUAGUGGACUCGUAAUCUGGUGAACCGGGUUCGAUUCCCUGUUCCUCCAAAUGCAGCUGCUGGGUGACCUUGGGCGAGGAACACUUCUCUGAAGUCUCUCAGCCUCACUCACUUCACAGAAUUUUUGUUGUGGGGGAGGAAGGGAAAGGAAUUUGUUAGCCGCUUUGAGACUCCUUAGGGUAGUGAUAAGGGACGCGGGUGGCACUGUGGUCUAAACCACUGAGCCUCUUGGGCUUGCUGAUCAGUAGGUUGGCAGUUCGAAUCCCCACGACAGGGUGAGCUCCCGUUGUUUGGUCCCAGUUCCUGCCAACCUAGCAGUUUGAAAGCACGUCAAAGUGCAAGUAGAUAAAUAGGUACUGCUCCAGCAGGAAGGUAAACAGCGUUUCCGUGUGCUGCUCUGGUUUCGGUGUUCCGUUGCACCAGAAGCGGCUUAGUCAUGCUGGCCACAUUACCCGGAAAAACUGUCUGUGGACAAACGCCGGCUCCCUCGGCCUGUAAAGCGAGAUGAGUGCCACAACCCCAGAGUUGUCUGCGACUGGACUUAACAGUCAGGGGUCCUUUACCUUUACCUUUUUAGGGUAGUGAUAAAGCGGGAUAUCAAAUCCAAACUCUUCUUUGUUUUCUCUGUCCAGCGAGAGAGGAUGUGUGUGAGACGCAGCUCACACAACAAGCCAUGUUUCUUUUGCUGUAAAUAAUAAAAUGCUUGAUGCUACAAUUCCUACACAAUUCUGCUUUCGCUGACUCUGCUGAUAUGCGUGCACAUGUCUUUUGGAUGUGUGCCAAUGCUUUAUACAGGACUCUGACAAGGGAACCUCCCCAUAAGUGUAGUGGGGGGAAAGAUGGCUACUCAAUGGGCCCAUGAUAUACUGCCACUCACACAAGCAUCUGCACCCCAUUAUGAAUGCCUCAGUUGUGGUGGCAGUUGGGCAUUCUAGCUGCCUGGAAUAGCUAUUACAGUGGUACCUCGGGUUACAGACGCUUCAGGUUACAUACGCUUCAGGUUACAGACUCCGCUAACCCAGAAAUAGUACCUCGGGUUAAGAACUUUGCUUCAGGAUGAGAACAGAAAUCACGCGGUGGCGGCAGCGAGGCAGCAGCGGGAGGCCCCAUUAGCUGAAGUGGUACCUCAGGUUAAGAACAGUUUCAGGUUAAGAACGGACCUCCAGAACGAAUUAAGUUCAUAACCCGAGGUACCACUGUACUUAUAAAACAAGAAGGGAAUUUUUUUUAAAAAGGCAGUCCAUGGAAGAGGCCUACCACCCACCCACCAGUGGGUGGACAAGGAUGUUCUGAUGUACAUUAUAUUCCAGGAGAGGCAGAUCAGGUGAAUUCAUACCUGAAUACGAACUGACCAAAUUCCUCAUGCGUUUCUAGGUGACUCUUGAGAUCUUUUUGCACCAGGCACAGAUGAUCCGGCCUUAUGAAUUCAGCAAAAAUCCUCCUCCCAUUUUAAGAUUGUUAUAGACCGAAAACGAAUACUUUCAUCACGCCAAGGAAGAGUUUCUUUUUUCUCUGCUCCCUUCCUUUUUGCUCUUUGGUUUGUUUAACCUCCUCCCUGAAGAAGGGAUGUGGUGAACUGAGAGCUUACUCACCACUUUGUGAAUUUUAGUUGCUCAGGAAAACUUCUAUUAUAAUAUUAUAUGGUGAUAUUAAGUCAUAUCAUAUGGGUAGCAUUACAAAAUCAUUCUACAGCCAGUUGAUGUUUUGAAUAUAUGCCACGGUUCCUUCUCCCACUCUCUCUGUUUCUUCUCUUUUGUUACUGGAGUUGAGAAAGCAGAUUGCUACUAGUUGGAUGGGGAAAGAACAGCGUUUGCUUGAACUGUUCAGUAUGCUAAUCAAUCCUCCUUCGUGCUCUUCUGAGAAGGGUUUGCUGGGUUCCUCUGUCAGUUGUCACUGUCCAACUUUUAAGGCACAAAUUCCUAGAUGAGCUUUUCGUGUUUGCUGCCUGUCCCCAAGACACUAAUUGUACUCUUGCAGUCCUUCAGGGCCCUGUAUUGAUUCUGCCCAGCUGCUGACCUGUCAUACACUGUCUGUCCCAGUCUUCCCCCUGUGGGCUCUGUCUCCUAAUGCUACUCUUAGGGAGAGCUUUCUCUUGUUGACAGCGGAACAAAUCGCUUUGAACAGAGCCAUCAUUCCUCUUCCCACUGUCCCUAACCCUUCUCCCUCACCCUCAGUGAUAGCCAUGAAAAUCAAGCCUGUCUGUCUGUUUCCUCCCAUGGGAGAAGCUCGCUCCAGAGUGCUACACCCACAUUUACUGAAGAAGCAGGACCACAAAUCCUCUCAGCUGAGCAAUAGGUAAAGGUAAAGGUACCCCUGACCAUUAGGUCCAGUUGCGGACGACUCUGGGGUUGUGUGCUUAUCUCACUCUAUAGGCCGAGGGAGCCGGCGUUUGUCCGCAGACAGCUUCCGGGUCAUGUGGCCAGCAUGACUAAGCCGCUUCUGGCGGACCAGAGCCGCACACAGAAAUGCCGUUUACCUUCCUGCCGGAGCGGUAUCUAUUUAUCUACUUGCACUUUGAUGUGCUUUCAAACUGCUAGGUGGGCAGGAGCUGGGACCAAGCAACGGGAGCUCACCCCGUCGUGGGGAUUUGAACUGCUGACCUUCCGAUCGGCAAGCCCUAGGCUCUGUGGUUUAGACCACACUGCCACCCGCGUCUCCCAGCUAAGCAAUACUUGUCUCCAAAAGCAGCCAGACCCCUCUGGUCAAAACCAGCCACUGUUGCCUGAUGAAGGUAAAGAGGUAAAGGACCCCUGAACGGUUAAGUCCAGUCAAAGGCAACUAAGGGGUUAUGGCACUCAUCUUGCUUUCAGGCUGAGGGAGCCGGCGUUCGUCCACAGACAGUUUUCCGGGUCAUGUGGCCAGCAGGACUAAACCGCUUCUGGUACAAUGGAACACCAUGACAGAAACCAGAGCGCACGGAAACGCCAUUUACCUUCCCACUGCAGCGGUACCUAUUUAUCUACUUGCACUGGCAUGCUUUCAAACUGUUAGGUUGGCAGGAGCUGGGACGGAGCAAAGGAAUCUCACUCCGUUGCAGGGAUUCGAACCGCUGACCUUGCGAUUGGCAAGCCCAAGAGACUCAGUGGUUUAGAUGGAUCGCAGGGGGGGGGGGAAUCCUGGGACUCUUUCCAGCUCUACAAUUCUAUGAUUGUAUGGCCACUUUUUAUCUCCUAAAUUUCAAAUAAUUUUGAAGAACGUCGGGCUGCUUUUUUUAUGGCUGGUUGAUCAUGGGAUUGCCUUGGGUGUGGGCUGUUAGCUGUUCACUGUGCACAAACUGUAGGCAAGUACAAUAAGGGUUAGCUGAUUUUCCUCCCAAGUAGCACUGAUCGAAGCUUUGGGGGUAUGGGUUUGUUCCAGGGAAUUUUGUGUGUGUGCGUGUGGUUUAAAGGUUCCGUUGUUCUGGGACUGCUGCCAUGAUCCAAAUUGCACUCCUUCCACCCACCUCCAAUAGUUUUGUGCAUUACUUGCUUUCGUUUUUCUCUCUGAAGACUCUUUGUGUGGGUGGGGGUUCCCUGAUUCUUUUUGUCUGAAUAAAUGCAUAUGUUGAAACAAUUGCCAUAAUUUAACUAAAAAUGCAAUACAUCUCAUCUUAGCUGGGAAAGCUGUGGUCAGCUGACCUGCUCGCCUGCUGCCACCCUUUGGUGCUUUAGGUUUAAAUCUGUCUUGGAAAAGAUACAGGACUUUGUCAAAUAGAGGACCGUCUUCUACAAAGCAGGGCGUGUGAUCACCCUGCCUAGAACGCUAGGCUUUUUUCUUACCUUCUCGCAGAGUUGCAUGUCUGUAAAGCUCCCCAACACCUCGCAGAUGCAACUUAACUUCUUUAUUUUACUCUGCAGUGCAAAGCUGUUCGGCUGAUAGGAAUACUAAGAAUACUCACCGCUUGGGGGAAGAGAGAAAAGAUUUAAUUAUUUAUAUCUUUUGAAUUCUCCGCUGACAGUUAAAGAGCUUGGGGGGGCGGGCGGGCGGGCAUAUGAAAUGGAGACGUCCUUUCAAGCAGCAACAUGGACACGGUGCAAUGGUAUGAAAACCAUUAGGGGGCAAAUCUACUUAAGACAAGCUCAGGUAAAAGCUCUCUUUCCCCGCUUCCAUCCAUAAUAAUUAGAAGCUUACGGGACGAUCUCGACGGACCGGCUUAAAAGUUUAAUGACGCUUUAAAAUGCUUAUACGUUGGACUAUUAGGACCGGGCUUGUUUCUGAUCUGGCCCUGAGAACGCUGGUUAACCAGAAAGAAAGGAAAGAGUUUUUAUCGUACACCCACACAUUACCUGCAGGGAAGCCACAAAUGGUUGCUCGAUGAGGGCUUGUAUCAUAGAGACAGAUGGAUGGAGGAAGUAAUGGGAGAGAGGUUGGCUGGCAGAGUUAGGGAGCUCUAAAGAAAGUGCAGUUCACUUCGAGAAUGAAGAAAGAUCUCUUCAAGGAAUGUCUGACAGCACAGUGAUAUUCUACGUGCAAUUGCAUGCACACAUGCAGGCGUUAUUUGGUGAGCCGUGGUCCCUUCUGUCAAAAAUUAUGAGGAACGGCUAAGGGAGCUGGGCAUGUUUAGCCUGGAGAAGAGGAGGUUAAGGGGUGAUAUGAUAGCCAUGUUCAAAUAUAUAAAAGGAUGUCACAUAGAGGAGGGAGAAAGGUUGUUUUCUGCUACUCCAGAGAAGCGGACACGGAGCAAUGGAUCCAAACUACAAGAAAGAAGAUUCCACCUAAACAUUAGGAAGAACUUCCUGACAGUAAGAGCUGUUCGACAGUGGAAUUUGCUGCCAAGGAGUGUGGUGGAGUCUCCUUCUUUGGAGGUCUUUAAGCAGAGGCUUGACAACCAUAUGUCAGGAGUGCUCUGAUGGUGUUUCCUGCUUGGCAGGGGGUUGGACUCGAUGGCCCUUGUGGUCUCUUCCAACUCUAUGAUUCUAUGAUUCUAUGAUUCUAAAAAUACUUGUGAUAGUGAAAGUAUUCUCUAACAUCUCAUGGUUGAAAACACCCAGCUUUAUAUGCCAUUUACUACACCCUUGAGGGACGCGAGUAGCGCUGUGGGUUAAACCAAAGAGCCUCUUGGCUUGCUGAUCGGAAGGUCGGCGGUUCAAAUCCCCGCGACGGGGUGAGCUUCCGUUGCUCAGUACCGGCUCCUGCCCACCUAGCAGUUCGAAAGCACGUCAAAGUGCAAGUAGAUAAAUGGGUACCACUCCAGCAGGAAGGUAAACGGCGUUUCCGUGCAUUGCUGUGGUUUGCGAAAAGUUGCUUAGUCAUGCUGGCCACAUCACCCGGAAGCUGUACGCCGGCUCCCUCGGCCAAUAAAGCGAGAUGAGUGCUGCAACCCCAGAGUCGGUCACGAUUGGACCUAAUGGUCAGGGGUCCCUUUACCUUUACCUGUACUACACCCUUAGGAGAAAUCUGAGUUCUAAACCCAAAUUGUGCAGGCCUCAAUCAAAUAGAUGAGUCUGAACAGGCCGGAUCUGAAUCCUGAAAAGAUGGAAGGGGCAGGGCCAGUCAGGACAUUUCUGCUCUCCCUCAUGUUAUGUGGGUGUUGAACACCAGAAUAGGACUUCAGUCAAUUCUGGAUUCAGAUUCAGCCUAUUUAACUUAAUCUACCAUAUUUUUCGCCCUAUAGGAUGCACUUUUCCCCCUCCAAAAAUGAAGGGGAAAUGUGUGUGCGUCCUAUGGGGCGAAUGCAGGCUUUUGCUGAAGCCUGGGGAGCUUGGAGGGUCGGUGCACACCGACCCCUCUCGCUCUCCAGGCUUCAGGAAGCUAUCCGCUAGCCGUGGGAGACGCAGCUCAGCACGCCCCAAGCUUCGGGCUUCGUGCAGUCCUCCGCUAGCCGUGGGAGAGCUGCGCGACUUCGCACAGCUCUCCCACAGCUUGCGGAUAGCAGCCUGUUCUGGGGGCUGGGGUCGGGGGAAGCUCGGGCUUCCCCCGCCCCAGCCCCGCACCUGGGGGGGAAAUAAUUUUUUUUCUUUAUUUCCCCCCCAAAAAACUAGGUGCGUCCUAUGGGCCGGUGCGUCCUAUGGGGCGAAAAAUACGGUACUUCAAUCACCCUGGGUAUUUUAUGAUGAAGGUCAUCCAUCAAUAUAUUAGCUGUGAUUUUCCACUUGUUGAUAUAUUUCCAGUGUGAUACACACUUCAGGUUCCUCAUUGCUAGCACACAGUGUGUUGAAUGCACUCUUAAGAAGGGUCACGGGUGGUGCUAUGGUCUAAACCACUGAGCCUCUUGGGCAUGCCGAUCAGAAGGUCGGCAGUUCGAAUCCCCACGAUGGGGUGAGCUCCUGUUGCUCUGUCCCAGCUCCUGCCCACCUAGCAGUUCAAAAGCACACCAGGGCAAGUAGAUAAAUAGGUAUCGCUGCAGCGGGAAGGUAAACGGCGUUUCUGUGUGCUCUGUGGACAAAUGCCGGCUCCCUUGGCCUGAAGUGAGAUGAGGGCCGCAACCCCAUAGUUGCCUUUGACUGGACUUAACCAUCCAGGGGUCCUUUACCUUUACCUUUUUACCUAAGAAGGCCUGCUUUCAAGUUCUCCUUCCACAAUUGUAGCUGAGUAGGGUCUGCCCCUUGUAUGAGGUGACAAGUCGCAUCCUCUCAGUUUCUUAAUUUGUUUAAUUGGAGAAACACAACCUGUGGGCUGGGGUGAUGUGUAAUGGCUAAUGAGAUAAACAAUUGUCAUAACCUUUGAACAGAUGCCAACUUGCUUCCACAUCCUGGUUGCAAUCCUAUGCACCCUCAUUUCAGAGUAAGUCUCGCUGAACUCAGUUGGUCUUUCUUCUAAGGAUGUAUAGGGAUAAACUGUGAAUAAUGUAAUUUUUUAGAAGAAGCCCUUUCCAAAUCUCUCUGUUCUUUUUGCUCACUCCUAGGCCAAAGUGAUGGAUACAUUGCUCUCCUGUCUGCCUCCAUUUCUUCUCUUUCCAGAGGUGCAUGCUACCUUUGUGGCAAUGAUUAAUUGCUUCCUGAAGUUAAAACACAUGAAUAAAAUAAUUUGCUUGGGAACAAGUUAGCCAGUCACUGAAUACUUUGCUGUUGUUAAUGCAUUGUUGACCCUGAACCUUGCGGAUGCAACAGAGCUCUCUCAACAGAUUUACCAGAAAGCUUUUCAGCAAGAGGUGCCCACUGUAAAUCUUUAAGUAAUUUGAUGCAUGAAAGUGGAUUAGAUAAUAGUUUGCAGUAAACCUUCUGGGCACAAGUCCUUUCUGAAAACCUUUCAACUGCUAUAAAUGUGGCAUUGUGAUACUGUGUUUUUUUGCCUGUGGUGUUCACCAGAAAUUCACAGUGGAUUUUAUGCACUAAGUGAUGCACACUGUAUAAACAUUACAAGAAUAAACCUCAAAGCACUUUCCUUUCUUCGGGAUGGAAAAUCUUUAAUGGGCAGUACUUCUCUGCUUUCCAGACUGAUGGCUACACCAAUCCUGCAACAGUUUUAUCACCUUUCCACCCCCAAUUCUUUUCUUCAUUAAUUUUAGGUAUAGUGAAUUCACCAAAGAGUGAUUUAUGUAGUGAGUUUUGGUGCUUAGCUUGUGGGUAGCGCUGUGGUCUAAACUACUGAGCCUCUUGGGCUUGCCGAUCAGAAGGUUGGCAGUUCGAAUCCCAGCAGUGGCGUGAGCUCCCUGUCCCAGCUCCUGCCAACCUAGCAGUUCGAAAGCACGCCAGUGGAAGUACAUAAAUACCAUAUUGGCCUGAAUAUAAGCCUUACUUUCCCCCGAAAUUCUGACCGUGAAAAGUUAAAGUGUGGCUUAAAUUCAUGACCUUACAAAAAUUGACUUUUACGAUAUCGCUGCUGCAACAGACAUAUGGUAAAACGGAAUGGGUGUGAGUGCCUGCAGAAUUUUAAGGGAGCGGCUUAUAUUCAGGUAUUGUCUUUUCUCUACCCCCCCUUGAAUUUUAAAAGUAUGGCUUAUAUUCAGGUGCAGCUUAUAUUUGGGCCAAUACGGUAGGUACCUCUGUGGCGGGAAGGUAAAUGGUGUUUCAGUGCACUCUGGCUUCCGUCAUGGUGUCCCAUUGUGCCAGAAGCGGUUUACGCAGGCUGAGACCCUACCUGGCCGCGGACUGUCUUGCCAGAGGUGUGCAUGCUCUAGUUAUCUCCCGCUUGGACUACUGCAAUGUGCUCUACAUGGGGCUACCUUUGAAGGUGAUCCAGAAACUACAAUUAAUCCAGAAUGCGGCAGCUAGACUGGUGACUGGGGGCGGCUGCCAGGACCACAUAACACCUGUCUUGAAAGACCUACAUUGGCUCCCAGUAUGUUUCCGAGCACAAUUCAAAGUGUUGGCGUUGACCUUUAAAGCCCUAAACGGCCUCAGCCCAGUAUACCUGAAGGAGCGUCUCCACCCCCAUCGUUCUGCCCAGACACUGAGGUCCAGCGCCGAGGGCCUUCUGGCGGUUCCCUCAUUGCGAGAAGCAAAGCUACAGGGAACCAGGCAGAGGGCCUUCUCGGUAGUGGCACCCGCCCUGUGGAACGCCCUCCCAUCAGAUGUCAAAGCGAUAAACAACUACCUGACAUUCAGAAGACAUCUGAAGGCAGCCCUGUUCAGGGAAGUUUUUAAUGUGUGACAUUUUAGUGUACUUUUGGUCUCUGCGGAAGCCACCCAGAGUGGCUGGGGAAACCCAGCCAGAUGGGCGGGGAACAAAUAAUAACUUCUUCUUCUUCUUCUUCUUCUUCUUCUUCUUCUUCUUCUUCUUCUUCAGUCAUGCUGGCCACAUGACCUGGAAAGCUGACUUCCUUCCAAGCAUAUAGCUGGGGUGACUAACCUUUGGCCUGUCCCGAUUUUUCUCGACCACAUCUCUCCCCAUCUCUGACUUGUGGCCAUGCUGGACUGAUGGGAGUUGGGUCCAACAACAUAUGAAGGGUUGUGCUUUAGUAUUUGAUGCAAUAUUGAAUCGUAGAAUUUUAGAAUUGGAGGUGACUCCAAAGAUCAUCUAAUUCGAUCCCCUGCAAUACAGGAAUGACAGCAUAUCGUAGCUGGCAUGCAACAGCAUUUAGUACCAGAUUGUAUCUGAAAGCUGAAAUGGAACGUAUUGGUAAAUGGUAGAUUUCAUUCAUUUUAAUCCAGCACCCCUCCAAUAAGCUUCUUGGAUGCUGUACAUAGUUUAUCCAUGACAGCUGUUUGAGGUGGGUUUCUCUGAGUGAGCAUGCCUGGCCCAAGGUCAUUGAGUGAGCUACAUGGCUGAGUAACAAUUUGAAAGCUGUCCAUGUCCAACAUUCUACCUACUAUUCCCCAUGGUGGUUCAGUGUAUAUUUGCAAAAACAACCAAGAAUGCCAACGACUCUAAAACAUCAGCAUUUUGAUUUAUUUAUUUUUAAAGCAAACAUUCACAUACAAGGUGUGAAUUCAGAUUUUGAUUUUGAAAUGGUCACAAUCACAAUCUAAGCCAUGAAACUGGAAUGUUAGUUCAUACUUCAAUAUUUGCGAUUAUUUGUUUCAGCUGUAGUGAAUUCACUUUCCUGAUAUCUGUACUGUGGGUUUUUGUUCCUGGGAAUAUCCAGCAAGCUCAGUUGAUUGUGAUCUUGAAGACUGCUGUAAAUAUGCUUUUAUUCCAUUAAAACCAACUUUUAAAAACUGCUACUGUAGAAUCAGGACGCGGGUGGCGCUGUGGUCUAAACCAAUGAGCCUAGGGCUUGCCGAUCGGUAGGUUGGCAGUUCAAAUCCCGGCAAUGGGAUGAACUCCUGUUGUCUGGUCCCAGCUCCUGCCAACCUAGCAAUUCGAAAGCACGUCAAAGUGCAAGUAGAUAAAUAGGUACUGCUCCUGCGGGAAGGUAAACGGCGUUUCCGUGCACUGCUCUGGUUUUGCCAGAAGCGGCUUAGUCAUGCCUCAGCCCAGUAUACCUGAAGGAGCGUCUCCACCCCCAUCGUUCUGCCCGGAUACUGAGGUCCAGUGCUGAGGGCCUUCUGGUGGUUCCCUCACUGCGAAAAGCCAAGGUACAGGGAACCAGGCAAAGGGUCUUCUCGGUAGUGGCACCUGCCCUGGGGAAAUCCAGCCAGAUGGGUGAUAAAUUAUUAUUAUUAUUACUACUAUGCUGACCACAUGACCCGGAAAAACUGCCUGUGGACAAACGUCAGCUCCCUCGGCUAGUAAAGUGAGAUGAGGGUCACAACCCCAGAGUUGUUCGCGACUGGACUUAACUGUUGGGCGUCCUUUACCUUUACCUUUUGACUGUAUAAUAGUAUUAUAUUAUAACUGCUAUUACAAUACAAUUUUAUUGUAAGCUACUUUGAGGAACUUACAGCUGAAAAGCGGCUUUAGUCAGAUCCCGCCUUAAAAUAGUAAAUUUAACAUCUGAUGCCUUUGGCUCCUGUGAUUCAGUUAACUUGGAGCAUGGCUAUUGGAAGUCUGAAGUAUAUACUCUUAUUUCAUUGCUAUCUCUGGCACCCACUACCACCGCCAACUUGCUACAGAGUUAUUUCACAGGUGGGUGCUGGCGUGUGGUUCUGUUUGCUGCCAGCAGAAAGCCCCUUGUGCUUGCUCACCAAAUCUGAUGGUUUGCUGCUACCCCUUUCUCCUUCUGGUUCAAAAGAGCAGUUACCAAACCCCUGCUAUCUGCACGCUCCCAAUAACUUUUGGCUACCAUUUCCCAGAGUGAAUGCAACGAACAUGUGAUGCAACAGCAGUUGAGGAAGCCGUUACCAUGCCUAAAAAUGGAGAGGAAAAUGACUGACCCAAUAGAAGAGAGGUGUAUCUGUGUCCAACAGAAUGGAAUACAAUGGUUCCCAGCUGUGCAUGAGACAGACAGAGAUUCCUUUUUAUCAGCUUGACAUUUCCAGGUGGAAGUUCUCCCAUUGCUUCUCUGCUAAACAGAUGUACAUGUACCUGGGAGGUUGACACACAAAAACACUGUAACCUAAUUGAAUCCAUCAUAGGGCUUAACAUGUACAUCAGUGCAACUGAUAGAUUAAACAGCUAAACCUUGAUUGAUUGGUGGGAACAAUUUUUAAUUGAUAGACGGCCUCGGUCCAGUAUACCUGAAGGAGUGUCUCCACCCCCAUCGUUCUACCCAGACACUGAGGUUCAGCGCCGAGGGCCUUCUGGCGGUUCCAUCACUGUGAGAAGCCAAGUUACAGGGAACCAGGCAGAGGGCCUUCUCGGUAGUGGCACCCACCCUGUGGAACACCCUCCCGUCAGAUGUCAAAGAGAAAAACAAUUACCAGACUUUUAGAAGACAUCGGAAGGCAGCCCUGUUUAGGGAAGCUUUUAAUGUUUGAUGCAUUACUGUAUUUUAAUAUUUUGUUGGAAGCUGCCCAGAGUGGCUGGGGAAACCCAGCCAGAUGGGUGGGGUAUAAAUAAUAAAUUAUUAUUAUUAUUAUUAUUAUUAUUAUUAUUAUUAGAUUUGAUAGAGCUGCGGCCUAUUUACUAUUUGAAGCCAAGGUAUGUUAAUUUAAUACCACAAUGAAAAGCAAACAGGAGCCAGUUCUUCUAACAAUGAGCAGUAGUUUAACAAGCUAAAAUUGCGAACAUUUCCUGACCCUGCAUAACUUGAGUAGGGUGCCUGUGCCUUUCGUUGCAGUGUGGCGAAAUCAUAGAAUUGAAGAGUUGGAGGGGACUCCAAAGGACAUCUAGUCGAACCCCCUGCAAUUCAUCCCUGACAGAUGGCCACCCAACCUCUGCUUAAAAACCUCCAGUGAAAGAUAGCCCACAACCUUUUCAAGGGAGUCCGUUCCACUGUCAAACAGCUCCUUCCGACAGAAAGUUCUCCAUGAUGUUUAGUUAAAAUCUCCUUUGCAUGUCAAGGCCCCCCAAGCCACCUCCAGCAGAAUAAAGACACAAGGACACAGAAUUUUAGGUUACGUGUUAAUGGGCAAAAUUUAGGCCACAGCUUUAUUGGUUACAGAAUGUGAGCGGUAUUGGCUUAGGCACUGGCAUCAACAGACUAUAUCUGACUCCUGCCCGCCUUGCAGGAAGUCUGGUAAGGGCAAACCACCAGUAGGGGGAGCCCCGCCGAUGUGGAUCGACUCAAGCAUCCCCUGGGUUCUGGGUCGUGGCAUGGCCCUAGCCCUUUCCCAGGCUUCGGACGAGAUCCACACACCCGGAUUCAUUUAACGCAGCCUUUCUCAACCUGUGGUUCCCCAGAUGUUGUUGAACUACAACUCCCAUCAUCCCUAGCUAACAGGACCAGUGGUCAGGGAUGAUGGGAAUAGUAGUCCCAAAACAGCUGGAGGGCCAAGUUUGGCCAUCACUGAUCUAGACACUUCUGAUACGUCGCUCCUCUUGUUGCUGCAGAGUUGUGCUGGAAGUAGCCAUAGCCUUUUCAGAAUUCCUACCUAAAAGGAAAGCCUCCAACACCCCCCUCCCUUUGGUCCUUCUUCUUUGGCGAUCCUUCGUAGCCAAGUAAGAUUGUCUUCCACGAACACAGUCGUGAGUCCGUAAGUGACUGUGGAGGCCAAUUCUGGAUCCACACGUCCUUCCACAGUGGGGAUGUAGGUUUCCGGGCGGCAAUUGAUCAUGGUGAGUGUUUGCCAAGCGUGCCUUCCUCUUAGCACAUGUCUGCCUUUUGUCCUGAGUCUGAGCGUCUUCAAAGCCCGUGACACCUCUGGAAAAGGCUAUUCUCCAAUUGGAGCGCUUGCAGGCCAGUGUUUCCCAGUUGUCGGUGUUUCUACUACAUUUUUUAGAUUUGCCUUGGGAGAGUCCUUAUACCUCUUUCGUUGACCACCAGCAUUAUGCUUUCCAUUUUUAAGUUCGGAAUGGAGUAGCUGCUUUGGGAGACAAUAAUCAGGCAUCUGAACAAUGAAGUUGUCAUUGCUUCGACACUGAUGAUAUUAAUGUUCUGCCCAUAGAUGAACGUUUGGGUGUUUUAUUUAUAUGUCCUAUAGAACAGGAAGCAUGUGGAUGGGAAUUGCAUGUCAGGGAUACAGCUAGGUUGUGAGUCGAGGACCCGCCACCCACAUAGGAUUAUAAUAAGACACAAAGACACAUUAUUUUAGGCCACAACUUUUAUUGGUUACAGCAUGUGAGUAGUAUUGGCUUAGGCAUUGGGUGAAACAGCAAUACCAGACUCCACCCCGCUCAGCCGGGAGUCAUAUCAGUGUUAACAACCAAUGGGAGGAGCUUGUUGAUGCAAAUACAACUGGAAGCAACCCCAUGACGUCACUGGGGGUCGUGCCAUCGCCCUAGCCACUAGCAGGGCAUCAGACAGGAUCCAUGACCGCCGUAUUCCUUUAACGGAAUACCCAAAAGAUGAGGGGUAGAUGAUGGCACAUACCCAAUCCUCCAACACAGCACACAUAUUCCAAUGCCUAACUGCCAAUACCAGAAAGUUGUGAUGAAUUGCUACGAGGUAGGCAAAAAAACCCAAGAGGCUGGUGCCAAUUUGCCAAAUGGAUAAAGAAGUUUUACCAGGCCCCUUGGGCAACCAAGGCAACCAACCGAAGUCCAUAGUAAGGUCAAUACGCAAAGGAAGCUGACCUAAAAGGGAGGGAGGGAGGGAGGGCGGGAGAUCUGAUGCAAGCAGGAACCGACUGGGAACUGAGCGCUGCCGUGGCUGUUUAAAUGUGGCUAGCCCCGCCCACCAGCCAGCCCUAUUGGUUGGCUGGAAGGCUUGGCCUCAGCAGCAGAGGCAAUCAGGAGCAGGGAGCCGAAUACGCCUCUCUGCCACUGCGGGAAGUUGCUCCCGCUCACAACUCCUCCCCUCUGGGAGGAGGAGAUGCCCUGGCAGCCACUUUCCAGUGUGCAGUGAACUGGAGAGUUUAGAAGAGCAUUGCCAUGUGCACUCUGUCCUGCAGUCUGAAAUGGUUUUGCUCCCUCUGAGAAUGAGGCCUUUGACUCCUGUAAGUCCACCUCUCUGGAUGAAUUUGCACAAGGCCUGGAAGAGGAGAGGCCUCGGAUCAUAGUUGACCACCUCACUUCCAGGCUAGUUGAAACUGGGGGACAAUUGCACUGGGAUGUUUGAGGAUGAUGUGGUAAAAGAUGUUCAGAGGCGCACUGGAGGAGAAGCAGCAGACGAGAAUGUGGAGCAGCCUUUCAAAUCACAAGGAGCCGAGAACAUUGACAUGAAGGUGUGCAGAGUAGCAAGGGCUUGGGGUGUUUGGGAAGGUACUUGGCAGGUAGCUAUGAAUUUCAAACCAGGCAGAGAUCAGAACAGUAUGUUUCCAGCCGUUUGUAAGGAUCUACAACUUGGAAUGAUUGGUGGGGAGACACAAACACUGCUUGCCUUAAAAUCACAAUCUGCAAAUUUUAGUGGGAGUAUCAUUUUGGGGAGUACCAGACUCAUCCCUGGAAGAAAAAAGGGAACUCUGACCCCAGCGUCAUGACGGUUUGAAGGCCAUCUCAGAGGGGGAAAUGCAGGAUGCAGUGACUAAACCCAAAAGUAUCUUGGAAGAUGCUUCUUUCACAUUGUCAAGAAGUUUAGUUUCCAAGAAAAAAUAUGUACCGGCCAGUUCAUACAUUCUACCACAAUGAUUUUCAACUGUGUUCCAAAAAAACUUAUUGGAUGGUCCUUCAAUGGGAAGUUCACAAAUGGCAGGCAGAACUUUCCGAGGAACUGUAGCAGAGUGCUGGGUGUGUUCUAUGGCAUACUCUUGGCUCAGGGCAUUUGAUGGGACAGAGUAAGGUGGUGGCAAAAUCAGGAAGCCCCAGGUUGGCAUCACCAUCUGCCACUCUGCUUCUCUGCCCCAAUCUGCCACACUCCACUCUGCUGAUGCAUCUGCUGAUUUCCAGGAGUAUUUAAGCGAUUGGGUUACCGUAUUUUUCGCUCUAUAAGACACACUUUUUCCCUCCUAAAAAGUAAGGGAAAUGUGUGUGCAUCUUAUGGAGUGAAUGCAGGCUGCGCGGCUAUCCCAGAAGCCAGAACAGCUAGAGGGAGUGCUGCUCAGCGCUCCUUCUUGCUGUUCUAGCUUCUGGCUUAGCCGCGGGAAGCCUCUGCAGGGCACAGGGAUCCUUCAUCCCGCUGCCCUGAGGACGCUUCGCAGGCUAUCCCAGAAGCCAGAACAGCUAGAAGGAGUGCUGCACAGUGCUCCCUCUAGCUGUUCUAGCUUCUGGCUUAGCGACACAAAGCCUCCGCAGGGCACGGCAACCUUCAUCCUGCUGCCUGCAGUGGCUUCACGCAGCUAUCCCUGGCUUUUGCGGGAGGUGGGGGAAGGGACAGAGCUCGCGACUCUGUCCCUUCCCCCACCUCCCAGAAAAGCCCCCAAAGCCGCACUCCCUUUAAAGAGCCGCGCAGAGCGUGUGUGCUGCUCUUGGGGGCUUUUCCCCGAGGAGGGAGAAAGGCCGCCUGUCAGUGAGGGGCUGCCCUUCUCCCUCCUUGGGGAAAAGCCUGCAAGCGCUGCACACAUGCUCCUCGUGGCUCGUGAAAGGGAGCGCUGAGCAGAGCCUGGGACGCAUACAGGCUCUGCUCAGCGCUCCCUUUAAAGAAUAUUUUUUCUUGCAUUCCCCCUCUAAAAACUAGGUGCGUCUUAUGGAACGAAAAAUACGGUAACUUGGAAGCUUCUUCCUCAAGGUAGAGCAUUUAAAAAUGGCUGGUUUAUAACACGAAAGAGCUUGGUCUUACAAACUUCUGUAUCUUGACUCUGAUUUUGACCUUGAUUUUUUUUUUUUUAACCCACUCCCGCAAGCUGGAUAACACCACUUUCUGGUUUCCCCUCUUUCUCAUAACUUACUUCAUUUUUAUUUCUUUUCUAUCCUUUCUCUCCAGUUUCUUGCUUUGUCUUCCUCCUGCUGAGCAACUAUUUGAGUCAGACAACAUAAACACCCAGGAAAAACCUUGCAACUGCACAUGGUCAGAGAUAACUACUGAAUGGAUGCAGUAUUAUAAAUUCAAAAACUUAGCCAGAUUCCCCAUAUGUGUGCCAUUGCUGAAUACAAUAGGAAAAAUGCAAACAGAACAGUUGUGAAAGCAUGGGCUGUGUGGGUAUAUGUUGAGUCUUGUGAUCACUCGUCAUUAUCCAGAUUAAUAUUUUCCCAUCAGUCUUUAGUUAUACUGUAGCACUAAUCAUUUCCAAAUGGUUCCGCUGCUCCUAGAAAUCUGAGCAAGUGCUAUAUUUGGCCGGGCUGCUCAGUAGUUAAAGAGAAUUUACAGUUCCAAGCCGGAUUUGGGAAUAGAGUACAGGAUAUUGGGGAGCAUCAGUUAAUGUCACGUAUAAUAUAACAACCUUACCUAAUCAAGUUACAGAUUAAAAGGAGAUUGCCAGACAGGACCAACAGCAGCCUAAAGUAUCCUUGGUAUUUCUUCCCUUUUACUUCCUUUUUUUAUUUUAAAAAAUCACUUUAGGAUUAAUACAGAAUCUAGCUAAACUUUGGAAAAAAUAAUACAAAAAAUAGAAUCACAUUCUGGUUUGUUUUAGACUGAAACAUCACUCAUUUAUUGUGGGUGUGCUAUGCGUUGAGGGUCUACAUAUUGCAUAUUGCAAUGGGCUUCGAGAUGCGUUGCAGAUGUACACACCAUGAGACAGGCAUACAUGGAGACUAGGCCACCUACUGGUUGCAUUUCUGUUUCAUAUUUUUGAACCCCCAAACCAGGAUCAGGAAUGAGACCCCCAUUUGUUACUUCCCUCCUUCCGCAUCCCUUUCCUGCUUCCCCCACUUGCGUUGCUUACAGAAAUUCUUCCCAAUUUGAUCAUACCAAAGUUUGCUAUCAUGUCCAAGGAAAUCCUCUGAACUAGGAUUGCAAAUCUCAGUUUGGACAACUCGCUCAAACUGCAGUUUGCAAGCUCCGAUGCAAGAGUAAACUGUGGUUUGAGCAAACUGGAAGUGUUCCAUGAAGCUAAAAUAAAACCGAUUAUGAUAAGCUGGUGAAAUUGAAAAAAUAUUUUUGUUGCUUGUUUACCUUAUGAUAGAAUUGUUAAGAUGUUUAUUAGACCUGUUUACAUGAUUUUGUAAUUUUUGUAUACAGUAUUGUCUUUCUGUCUUUAAGUUUAUUACUUUGUUCUGCAUUCCGGGAUUGAAAGCAUUCCAUGAAGAGUGGGCUAUCAACACUGCAAAUAAAUAAAAUAAUAAGUGGAUAAAUAUGUGAGGGUACAAGGGAAGAGGUGAGGGUGAAGGGGCUAGGAAAACUCAGGUCUUGUUUCUGUUCCUGGCCAACCAUGGUUGGGAUUGGAGGGCUAGAAAUGUGUUGUCUGAAUGAAGUCACUAUCUUGCACAAUGGGUAUAUUUUGGCUUCAACUCUUGAAUCAGCUGUUCUUACAAAGUCAAGCAACAUAGGAUAUCUGCCCAAGCUGGCUGUUCACUGGCAUUGUGGGUGGGCAGACUCCUUACUUUUCACUGGGAGUCGACAUCAUUAAGUUAUCAUUUUGUGACUGAGUCUGGAAGAGGGAGAAAUACUCUGUAGUGAUCUUGUAACAAGUAUUAUAGUGUUUAACAUUUUGCUUUUCACAUCCUCUGCUUCUGGAGAUAAAUUUAGUGGGAUUUUUUUUAAAACCUUCCAAGGACACCUUUGAAUUAUGCUGUGAGUUUUGACACCAGUUGUACAUAUUUAGCAGUGUAUUCCUAUUCUUUGUUUCAUUUUUCUUCUUCUAAAUUCCACCUAGAUAAUUUCAAACCUGGCAUGUUUUAUGUCUCAUAGCACCCCUUUAGUGGGCAGAGCACCAUUUCAUAUUGGUAGUUAUAUUUGAGCAGAACAGUAGUAGUAGUAGUAAUAAUAAUAAUAAUAAUAAUAAUAAUAAUAAUAAUUUAUUUAUAGCCCACCCAUCUGGCUGGGCUUCCCCAGCCACUCUGGGCGGCUUCCAACAAAAUAUUAAAAUACAGUAGCAACAAGUAGGUUUGACUUCCAAAUGCAAAAUCCCAAACACACGCCUCAUUCUAUCUUGGCUCUUUCCCUUGUGAUUCUUGUGUUUUUAGAAAUAAAAUUGGUUGGUUUUAUAGUUUAAAUAGCAGCAUUAAAAAGCCUGGAACCUGGACCAGGCUCACCACUGCUUGCUUGAAAAGGUAAAUAUAGGUCCUUUUUUAAAAAAGAGAAAGGUUCUAUACUUGCAGUUUCUUAAUAUUUACAAGGAUGGCUUUGGAUUCUAAGCCUACAUGGUAGAAGCUGGUUUCGUAGCUGAUUCGUGCAAGAGGGAGAGAAGGGAGAGCAAGCUUGGGGGUUAUCGGUUAGUCUCAACCCUGCCCUCUACUAAAUGGAAACAUGCAAGGUUGCUUACACCCAACAGUGAGCUCACUGUUAUAUGGUCCUUGCAGACUGCCAUUUGUGAUGCGUUUUUAGGCACAGGCCUGUGCUUUAUAGGGCCAUGUCCUCCCCCCGCAAUGCUUUCCCUAUGAAAACCCACUCUUCACAACUCAACUAGACCUAAUGGCAAAUGGGAGCAAAUAUGAGGAAAACACAAAUUGCUGUUUGUUCCAAUUUGGCAUUAAAGAGCAGGGAGAAAGCUCUAUGGCAAAAAAACAAAACAAAAACCCAACAGUGUUCGGACACAGCGCUUUAAAGCAUGGACCUGUGCCUAGAAAGUGCAGAGGAAAAUGUAAGUGUGGAUGAGAUAGAUUAUAAGCAACGUUAUACACUUAGGCAGGAAUAAUGAGCCACACAAAAAUAAGAUGGGGAACACCUGGCUUACCAGUAGUACAUGUGAAAAGGAUCUAGGGGUCUUGGUGGACCACAAACUUCACAUGAGUCAAUAGUGUGCUGCAGCAUCAAAAAAGGCUAAUGCUAUUCUAGAUGAAUCAACAAAAGUAAAAGGUAAAGCUAAAGGACCCCUGGAUGGUUAAGUCCAGUCAAAGGUGACUAUGGGGUUGCGGCACGCAUCUCGCUUUCAGGCUAAGGGAGCCAGCGUUUCUCCGCAGACAGUUUUCCAGGUCAUGUGGCCAGCAUGGCUAAACCGCAUCUGGAGCAACGGGACACUGUGAUAGAAACUAGAGUGCACGGAAACACUCUUUACGUUCCCGCCACAGUGGUACCUAUUUAUCUACUUGCACUGGAGUGCGUUCGAACUGUUCGGUUGGCAGGAGCUGGGACAGAGCAACAGGAGCUCACCCCAUCAUGUGGAUUUGAACUGCCAACCUUCUGAUCAACAAGCCCAAGAGGUUCAGUGGUUUAGACCACAGCACCACCAGCGUCCCUGUCAAUAGAACUGGACACUUCCAGUUCAAGGGAAGUAAUGGUUCCACUCUAUUCUGCCUUGAUCAGACCCCACUGGGAAUACUGUGUCCAAUUCUGGGCACCACAAUUUAAGAAGGAUGUUGACCAGCUGGAACAUGUGCAGAGGAGGGCAACCAAAAUGCUCAAGAUCCUGGAAAUAAUAAUAAUAAUAAUAAUAAUAAUAAUAAUAAUAAAUAUUAUUUAUAUCCCGCCCUCCCCAGCCGAACCCGGGCUCAGGACGGCUAACAACAAUAAAAUAGUACAGGAUUCUAAAAACAUUUCAUUAUAAAAAUUAAUUAAAAUCAAAUUGUUGGCAACCGUUAAGCUAAAUUCUGUGGAGAUUGCCAAAGGAGGGAGUCAGGCUGCGCCCUGACCAAAAGCCUGGUGGAACAGCUCUGUCUUACAGGCCCUGCGGAAAGAUGUCAAGUCCCGCAGGGCCCUAGUCUCUUGUGACAGAGCGUUCCACCAGAUUGGAGCCACAGCCGAAAAAGCCCUGGCUCUAGUUGAGGCCAGCCUAACCUCUCUGAGGCCUGGGACCUUCAGGAUGUUUUUAUUUGAAGACCGUAAGUUCCUCUGUGGGACAUACCAGGAGAGGCGGUCCCAUAGGUACGAGGGUCCUAGGCCGUAUAGGGCUUUAAAGGUUAAAACCAGCACCUUAAACCUGAUCCUGUACUCCACCUCCACAAUUCAAGGAGGAAUUGGGUAGGACUCAAACCAAUGGGGGACGCAGGUGGCUCUGUGGGUUAAACCACAGAGCCUAGGGCUUGCCGAUCAGAAGGUUGGCGGUUCGAAUCCCCGUGAUGGGGUGAGCUCCCGUUGCUCGGUCCCUGCUCCUGCCAACCUAGCAGUUCGAAAGCACGUCAAAGUGCAAGCAGAUAAAUAGGUACCGCUCCGGCGGGAAGGUAAAAGGCGUUUCCGUGCGCUGCUCUGGUCAUGCUGGCCACAUGACCGGGAAGUUGUACGCUGGCUCCCUCAGCCAAUAAAGCAAGAUGAGCACCGCAACCCCUGAGUCGGCCAUGACUGGACCUAAUGGUCAGGGGUCCCUUUACCUUUACAAAAUCAAUGGCUUCAAGUUCAAAGCCAGGGAAGGAGGUUAUUUGUAAAUAACAUGCCUGCACUUGUGUGGUUCACAAUUAUAAAACACUGCUAGACGGCAUCAGUUUCAUAACAGAGUCUUGACCUUGCAUGAGGUGGUUGAUGUGUGAGCCUCACAGGCCGGGGUUUCCUACCUAGAAAGUAUUGCGGCUUUUGAGAAUCCAGAAGUUGCUCUUGCUCUUUGAGAAGCUGUGCUCAACUGAAGUAUAGUAGGCCCAGUUUUUCCCUGCAUGCAGUUACACGAGUGAAAGAAUGGAAGAAGACGUUUGCCUUUGUCAGAGAUUGCAAGAUAAACUCUUCCUGGUGUUGGGCAGGAAAUGGUUGCUAGGCAUCUUCGAAGGGCAUCUUUUCCUGAAGUGAACAAGGCAGGCCUUCGUUGCACCAGGUGUGUUUGUGAGGCUAGUUUUUGGUGUCGUGCUCAACGUUCAUGUUGCCAUCCAUGCAGAAUGGAAAACAUUACGCAACUUUACAUUAUUUAGCUAGCAGUUAAUUGGUAUGAUCAAUAUUUGCCUUGUAAGCUGAAAUUAUGGGAAAGAAAGAUUUAGGAGAAUCAGAAAUUAAUGGGGCCUGUUUUGACACAGAUACCAUGGAAAGAAACCUUUCCUUUGCUGAACAAAUAUUUGCAGAGCAGAAGCAAUAAAACGAAUAGGUUUAAAGGUAAUAUCCUCUCUCUGAGUUGCUUGUAUGAACAGUCUUUACAUCUCACGCAACAAUAAAAGGACCAAAUUCUUCAUCCUGGUGGCAUAGACAAACUCACACUGCUCAUCACUGGUGCAAGUUGCUCUCCUCUGGCUUUGAACAGCUAUAAAAUAGGGCUGUCCAUAUUCUGUACACACAAUCACAGAUCCCAAAUUUUCAAUAAAAAAUAGUGAAGAGUUGUGCUACUUCAAAGAUUAAGAGAGCUGUUCUGUGAUAAACUUCCAUGGAUUACACUCCAUUUCAUGAGAUACAUGAAGUGUUAUUCUGAAUUUCAGCAUAACCCAUGAUUGGUAGGAAUUAUAAACAGCAAGGUUGGGGGAAAUGAAAUACAAAAAGUACAUACCGGAAUAAUUAUAUUAUUAGCAGUCAUUCACAGAACAGUUUUCAAUGACAUCCAGGCACAUAGAGUGUGGUUGAAUUAAAAAACUCAUCUUUUUCUGAUUCAAGCUACAGGUGAUAGAAAUGAAUUCAGUGAUUUCCUAUUGAAUCCUCCCUUUGAAUUAUAUGACAUCAUGAUCAGGCGAUCAGUCAUUUUAUUUGCAUGCAGCCUUUCCAGAGUUAAAACCUUAUUCAAGGCGGCUUACAACAUAUUAAGGAAAGACAAACAUAACAAACAUCCAAGAGGGCACAACCAACUGAAACAAUUUCUACAUAAAUCAUAAGAUCCAAAAUAAAGGUACAAAAAAUUAGCAGCAGCAGCAAUCACCUGUCCCCCACAACAAAACCACCUAAACUGUACACCAGGGGUCAGCAAACAUUUUCAGCAGGGGGCCGGUCCACUGUCCCUCAGACCUUGUGGGGGGCCGGACUAUAUUUUGAAAUAAAAAUAAAAAUGAACGAAUUCCUAUGCCCCACAAAUAACCCAGAGAUACGUUUUAAAUAAAAGCACACUGAUUCCCGGACCAUUCACGGGCCGGAUUGAGAAGGCAAUUUGGCUGGAUCUGGCUCCCGGGUCUUAGUUUGCCUACCAUGCUGUACAGUACACUAUGCUCUGUUCAGUUCUGUUAUGUGUGGAUUGAAGCAGGACAAAGUGUUUAUAAAGAAAAGAGGGAAAAAGAAAUCAUAUUAUUGGUGUCUCCCCCUGCCACCCAACACAGAACACACUUUCCUAGGUAACUCUGCUUCCUGGACUAGUUUGAUUUGACUAAUUUGGCUAACUGUUGUUGUUUUUUUAAACUUUUUUUUAAAAAAACAGAUCCUAAGCUGUUAUAAUUUAAGAAAUAGAACCUCUUUUGAUGACACUUCUUGCAUCUCUAGUCUUCGUUAUGGGCACGAGGCAACGCCAGCACAUCUGAGUCAUAACCAACAACUGCUCUGCGUAAUGUGACCUUUGAGUUUGGUCGCCUUUGAGUUUUGUGCAGCAUGUACCACUAGCAACUCUUGCAUCGUUCAUCCCACGAAGUACAGUUACACAUGUGACGGCAAGCUUAUCGUGAGACUAUCUGACUGUGUUUGAACGAAAAUCUGUCUGUACCAAAGAAUACAGUGGUGCCUCGCAAGACGAAAUUAAUUCGUUCUGCGAGUUUUUUCGUCUUGCGAAUUUUUCAUCUUGCGAAGCACGGUUUCCCAUAGGAAUGCAUUGAAAAUCCAAAAGGAAACAAACUUGCAAGACGUUUUCAUCUUGCGAAGCAAGCCCAUAGGGAAAUUCGUCUUGCGAAGCAACUCAAAAAACGAAAAACUCUUUCGUCUUGCGAGUUUUUCGUCUUGCGAGGCAUUCGUCUUGCGAGGUACCACUGUACAGCCAAGUAGCAUAGGUAGACAACAAUAGUAAUACUAUGUGGAAAUCUUUUCGCUCCAUAACUAAGUGUGGGGCUCACUCAGUUCAGUGGGGCUUACUCCUGAGUAAAAAUACAAAGCCCGUUUCCUUUUGGCUUAGCAUUUCCUGGUCGUUCAAGAUACAUUUCUUCAGCAAAUCCUGAGCAGGAUAGAGAGAGCGCAUGCAUAUAGAUGAGGGAGCAAAGGGUUGUAUGAAUGAGGAAUGCCUCUUUUGAGACACUUAGAUCCACUGUCCAGUUGGGGUUUGGGAGAUUCUCAUCUGGCUUGUAACUGAUACCACAACAGCUGUUUUUCAUUUUAUAAAUUAAAUUUUGAAAACCAGUGGAUUGCACGUUUCGGCUAUAGAGCUUUUAAAAAAAAGGAGGAGGAUCAACAAAAAUAAUUUCCCACCUGCCACAGGGGAAUGAGCUGAUAAAUGAAAAGAUGAAAGAUUAGAUCAUGAAGUCAGAGUCUAACUGGAAAUGGAUAACUCCAUUUUACAAUCUCAGGCUUCUCCCCCGCAACUCUGUUUGUCAGCCGCUUUGUUCGUCGGCUAUAGUUUACUCUGAUUCAAUGUUAUAUUGCCCACUGAUUUUAUGGCAGCUAAUUCCUAUGGAAAUAUAACAAACCAUGCCUCGUCCUAAAAGGAUAUUGCCUUUGAGCUACUUGGAAUUAUCAGUGAUGGGGGACUAGGAUUGACAAGGAACCUGCACCUUGAAUGCACCUGACAGCUUCUUUACUGGCACACCUGUACACAGACUGAGCAUCUGUAAAGUGCUAUGUCCUUUUCCAGCUCUCCCCAACUGGCUUCCUGUCAUAAGGAAGGGAAAUGGAAGUCCUUGACUGCAGCUGAGGAGACAAAGAACCACUUAGACCCCAGUUGGAGGACUGAUCUGCUCCAAUAUAUCUACUUCCUACUAGCCACUCGCUCAAGUUAUCUCCACCUAAUCCCUCGAACAAUAUACCCAGCAAAUAAUACAGUUUGCGUUGCUUAAUCAAAAAAUGAUACAGCCAUCUGCCACCUCUGUGGGGGCUUCCAGAUGGGGUUUUCUUGCGGAAUCAGUGCCGCUCACGCGCUGCCCACAUGACAUCCUUGUCACCAAAAUGUCAGGCCGCUUUUUAAAAACAUUUAAUUCAACCGCAUUGUCUUACCUCGAACGUAACCAGAAGACUUUAUAAUCUGAACAACAACAGAAGGAGACAUUGUACAGUGGUACCUCGGGUUAAGUACUUACCAUAAUUUGUUCCGGAGGUCCGUACUUAACCUGAAACUGUUCUUAACCUGAAGCACCACUUUAGCUAAUGGGGCCUCCCGCUGCCACUGCGCAAUUUCUGUUCUCAUCCUGAAGCAAAGUUCUUAACCCGAGGUAAUAUUUCUGGGUUAGCGGAGUCUGUAACCUGAAGCGUAUGUAACCUGAAACAUAUGUAACCCGAGGUACCACUGUACGCUCUUUUGUAAUUCAUGAAAAUCUUUAAUAAUUAAAAGAACAACAACACUUAAUUCAGAUUUCCUCUUAACUCAGAAAAGCUGCUAACAAAAAACAGUCAGUUAUACAUCUUCAGUCACCACUGGUGUGGCAGAUCAUUAGAACAUUUUUCUUUUUGCCAUGUGUGGUGGUGAUUCUAGUGGGUAGUCCCUAUUUCCACACCCUUGAUUCUCUUUGCUCCUCACUGGAGCACAACCUCGGUGCUUUGUGGCAGCCCAAACAACGUGAGUGUGCCAAUUUCCGCUGGCUGCAUGCUGGAGGUAUGUUUGAACCCAGUGAAGCUAUUCUUUCAAGAUGUCCACAUUUGUGGAGGGUUACCUCGGAGAUAAGGGACGUGGGUGGCGCUGUGGGUUAAACCACAGAGCCUAGGACUUGCCGGUCAGAAGGUCGGCGGUUCGAAUCCCCGUGACACGGUGAGCUCCCAUUGCUCAGUCCCUGCUCCUGCCAACCUAGCAGUUCAAAAGCACGUCAAGUAGAUAAAUAGGUACCGCUCCAGCGGGAAGGUAAAUGGCGUCUCCGUGUGCUGCUCUGGUUGGCCAGAAGUGGUUUAGUCAUGCUGGCCACAUGACCUGGAAGCUGUAUGCCGGCUCCCUCGGCCAAUAAAGCGAGAUGAGCGCUGCAACCCCAGAGUCAGUCACAACUGGACUUUUAAAAAAUUAUAAUGCAAAGGUCCCAUGCAAGACUUCUGUAUCAGAAUUUCAGUACAGUGGUACCUCGGGUUACAUACGCUUCAGGUUACAUACGCUUCAGGUUACAGACUCCGCUAACCCAGAAAUAGUACCUCGGGUUAAGAACUUUGCUUCAGGAUGAGAACAGAAAUCGUGCUCCGGCAGCAUGGCGGCAGCGGGAGGCCACAUUAGCUAAAGUGGUACCUCAGGUUAAAAACAGUUUUAGGUUAAGAACAGACCUCCGGAACGAAUUAAGUACUUUACCUGAGGUACCACUGUACAGUGGAACCUCUACUCAUGACCACAAUCCGUUCCGGAGGCCCGUCUGGACGUCGAAAUAGGUCGCUGGGAGAGGUGUCGUUGUGUGCAGGCGCGGGUGGCGAUUGCCCGCUUCUGCACAUGCGCAAACGGUGUCAACCCCUCCCACCCCGGUUACUUCCCCGGUGUCCUUUUAUUUAAAAUGCAUCUCUGGGUUAUUUGUGGGGCAUAGGAAUUUGUUCAUUUCCCCCCCCCCCAAAUAUAGUCCGGCCCACCACAUGGUCUGAGGGACAGUGGACCGGCCCCCUACUGAAAAAGUUUGCUGACCCCUGCUUUAGAUCUUAAGGAAGGCUGAGCUCCUGUUCAUUUAAUAACUAAGUAAAAGAAGAAAUUUUGGCAUGUGUAAACCCCCACGGCAGCAUACUCUUUCCCCAACCUUGCAUUACCUCUUAUAUUUCUGCGUGCCAUCCAGCUGUUAAUGUUUUUAUUAAAUUUGUCUUGUUCAGCUGGUAAAUGAAUGUUCCUCCCUUAUCAAAUGUGCAUAUUUUGAUACAGAAAUAGAAAUUUAAAAAGCUGGCUCUCUUCUAGUGGUACUGGAAUAGUAGUAAUAGUGGUAAUGGAAGGUGGUACUGGUGUACAGCGGUACCUCAGGUUAAGUACUUAAUUUGUUCCGGAGGUCCGUACUUAACCUGAAACUGUUCUUAACCUGAAGCACCACUUUAGAUAAUGGGGCCUCCUGCUGCUGCCGCGCCGCCGGAGCACGAUUUCUGUUCUCAUCCUGAAGCAAAGUUCUUAACCUGAAGCACUAUUUCUGGGUUAGCGGAGUCUGUAACCUGAAGUGUAUGUAACCUGAAGCGUAUGUAACCUGAGGUGCCACUGUAGUUUUGCACCCUGCACUAUGUUCAGGAUUAACAUCCCAAAUGAAUGAAAUAAAAACACACAUCUACCAAAGCGUAUCUCUAAAGAAUUCUGAGCUCAGCAAUUUCCUUUGUGUACCAGAACUGAACUGCCAGCCCUUCCAUAGGUGAAUCUACUUGUGGUUAUCCCAAGCUUUCUUCAUUUUAGCACUAUAAUUUAGUCGGGAGAUAGCUGUUCUGCUGCUGCUAUUGUCCUGACUGAACUACUGCAAAUCACCCAAUUUUCCACUAGGAUCCAGGUCUACUGACUCAAAUCAUGUACUACACAAAGUGAUUUUGAUGAGGUUUUGCUCAGUCUCAAAUAUAUACAGUGGUACCUCGGGAUGCGAACAGGAUCAGUUCCGGAGCCCCGUUCGCAUCCUGAACAGAACAUUAGACGCGACGGUGCGUCUGCACGUGCGUGGGUUGCGUUUUGCCGCUUUCGCAUGUGUGUGACGUCAUUUUGAGCGUCUGCGCAUGUGCGAGUGGCAAAACCUGAAAGUAAUGUGCUCUGUUACUUCCAGGUUGCCGCGGAGUGCAACCCAAAAGUGCUCAACCUGAAGCACAUUCAACCCGAGGUAUGACCGUAUAUAUUUAUUUAAAAAUUGCUAUCAAAACACUUUCACUCAAAUUCCUCACAAAGGUUAUUUAUUCCAGUUUUUUGUAAUCUGUUAAAGGCUGUAAUGUCAAGGCUGCUCUAAACACAGUUCUGUGUGUAAUUCUUGUGUGCCUUCUUCGUCCCCCCAAAGCAACUCCCCUCCCCUUUGGAGGUUAUGGGAUUCUCCUUCCUUGGAGAUUUUUAAGCAGAGGUUGGGUGACCAUCUGUCAUGGAUGCUUUAGUUGAGAUUCCUGCAUCGCAGGGGGUUGGACCAAAGGACUCUUAGGGUCUCCUCAAAGUCUACCGUUCUGUGAUUCUAUGAUCCGACUGAAGGGACACUCAGCCUCCUAAAUGGGCCACUGUGAUUAUAUCUUCUGCCUAAUCAUAAAUCUCAGCAGAAGCAGAAGCUCUGAGAAGAGUAUUCAAAAGCUUCUGGGGAUACGUUUAAACUAGGACUUAAUAAUUAGCAAGGUCUGUUGGACCCUCAUGCCACCCUGGAGGGGCAUGUUUAUGCUGUGCUAUGCUGCAAAUUGCCUGGGAGUAAUUAAUUCUGACUGCUAGCUUCCUCCCUGUUUUCUGAUAAUAAAUUUGACUAGCAGUGUUAUAUUUUCCAGUUAUCUUUGUUUUCUUGGCGACAGAUUGUCCCCCCCCCCAUUAAAUUAAGGGGGCACGAAACUUACCUCCUGCUCACUGUAGCAAGGAUUGUGGGGGUGGGGAGAAGUUUGGAUACUACUGUGGUACCUUGGGUUACAUAUGCUUCAGGUUACAGAUGCUUCAGGUUACAGACUCCGCUAACCCAGAAAUAGUUGCUCAGGUUAAGAACUUUGCUUCAGGGUGAGAACAGAAAUUGUGCUCCGGCGGUGUGGCAGCAGCGGGAGGCCCCAUUAGCUAAAGUGGUGCUUCAGGUUAAGAACAGUUUCAGGUUAAGAACAGACCUCCAGAACAAAUUACGUUCUUAACCCGAGGUACCACUGUAUUUAGGGGCAGGCCAGGACUUCAGUCUGAACUAAACAGCUUUAGCGCAUUUCAUGCAAAUGAAGAACCAUAAUCUUUCUAGGAAGUUGUCCUGAAUGUUUAUUUUGCCUUACUAUGGUUUCAAUAGCUUCUUUAGGUUUCCCUAUUAUUGUACAAACCUGCAUGACUUAUUUUACAAGAGAGGCUCAUAGGACAUGGGCUUACACACAUAAAUACCCUGCCCAAAUGAGUAGGUAUAAUCCAGGCAAUGGCGGCUUUAUUGUAACAUUGUCCUCUCCCUUAAAAUCUAUUGUCUGUCUUCAGCUGGUGUGCAUUUUAUGUCUUUGAUUUGGGGAUGGGAGGCUUCAAUACCUGCCCUUCCACAAACACCUCACGCAUAUAUUCUCUUUAUUUUCCAGUGUGGUGAGUGCAGGAGUUCUUCCCAGCGUAACAUGGCCUAUUAGCGGCAAUAGUGUUAUUUGUUUUCUAAUAUUUCUUCAUGCAUCAUUUCAAGCCACAAAUAGGGAAACAUAAAGUGGUUUUUAUACAGGCGUUAUUUCUUGUCUUCUUUGCAGUGCAUCCAUGUGCCAGGGCAUAUGUGCUUAAAUUAAUGGAGUUUUUCCGAUAUACCUAAUUUUUGCCCUGGUAGCUAAACCUCUCAGAGCCUUAAAUGUUGCGCUGUUGGCAUGAAUGGGCAUGAAUUUAGUCAAGGAAGGGAUGCAGAGAAAGGGGUGGGUGGACCACAAAAUUCUCCAAUAAACCUGAUUCUGCUGAGAAUACAUUUUACAAACAUGCAGCUAAGUUGGCUCCUUUUGUUGAAGGGUUUGUUAAGCAUUAGCUAAAGAAUGCCAUGGUCCAGCCUUCACGGUAUGAAACCUAAUUCUUCCCCUUUCUGGAGCCAUGGCAUGGGGUGUUUAAUUUUUCUCUCUCGGUAGGGCUGCAGGCCCUCCGGUACUCCAGCCAAAAAACACUCAUAUUUUUGCAGGCUUAGCCCCUAACCCGUUGCCAGGCAGUAAAAUGGACGUUUGUCCACCACGGGGGGGGGGGGGGGGGGGGGUAGGAGAGGCAAAGGGAGAUAAGGGUUGUGCUAACAACCUCAGAAAUUGUCCCUCUUCAAUCUGUUUACUUGACAAUGGCGAUAUUUUAUUUACAGAAAGAGCACACUGCAAAGGUUUAAAGGAAUGACUAUGGCAAGCCUCGGAUAUCUAAAUCUUGAAAUGUUCCAUUGAUGGUUCAAGACUGAGACUAUUUGCCUCGUGACCAUGGUUGGAGAGGUUAAAGAGGGACCUUUUAAUUUUGCUGUACUUUCGUUUUGUAAAAAAGAAGAAGAAAACAAAACAGGGAGACCUCAGCAGCAAUGGCAGAGCCUCUCUGCCUAUCUUGGGUCCACCCUUCUUAAAGUAGAACGGCUUUUUCAAAUGUGUAGUUGUGAACCAGGGCUUUUUCCCCAGCCAGAACUCAGUUCCAACACCUCUCAGGUGGGCACCCUUGCCAUUAUAAGAGAACAAGGGAGGCGUUCAUGGUGAGUUUCGCCACCUCUUUUAUUAUUAUAGAAAAAUAGCACUGGUGUGAACAUAUGCAAGUAAGCGAGAGGGAGCAGGAUCGUGAUGGCAGGCAUUGCCCCCUCUGACAUACUGUCUGCACAAAUCCACAGCGCAUACAAGUGGGACAUAUAUAAGCUCUGUACAGUCAUACCUUGGAUUAAAUGUGCUUCAUGUUGAGCGCUUUCGGGUUGCGCUCUGCGGCAACCUGGAAGUAAUGGAGCUCGUUACUUCCGGGUUUCGUAGCUUGUGCAUGCACAGAUGCUCAAAAUGACGUCAUGCGCAUGCGCGGAAGCGGCAAAACGCGACCCACACACACGCAGACGCACCGUCGUGUCUUAUGUUCCAUUCAGGAUGCGAGCGUGGCUCCGGAACAGAUCCCAUUUACAUCCCGAGGUACCACUGUACAGUACCUCAGGUUACAGCCGCUUCAGGUUGCGUUUUUUCGGGUUAUGCACCCACCGAAACCCAGAAGUACCGGAACGGCUUACUUCCGGGUUUCAGUGGUUGCGCAUGUGUAGAAGUGCUAAAUUGUGCUUUGCGCAUGCGCAGAAGACCAAAUCGCAACCCGCGCGUGCGCAGAUGCGUCACUGCAGGUUGUGAACGUGCAUCCUGCACGGAAUACGUUCGCAACCCGAGCGUCCACUGUACUCACGGCCAAGACCUCUGUAAAAGCAAAAAGUAUCCAGUGAGUUCUCAACCAUGCAUACAGAGCCUAAACACACACAGUUUGUAUCUUUGCAGGGUCUGUGCACACAGUCUAGUGCAGGCUUCCUCAACCUCGGCCCUCCAGAUGUUUUGAGACUACAGUUCCCCCCAUCCCUGACCACUGGUCCUGCUAGCUAGGGAUCAUGGGAAUUGUAGGCCAAAAACAUCUGGAGGCCAGAGGUUGGGGAAGCCUGGUCUAGUGAAUGUAUGCUGGGGGGAGGGCUUGAUAAGGUGAUCUGCCCCUCCCCCUCUCCAACCCUGGCGUGAUCCUCAUAUGCACCUUAAGAGGAGCAUUGCCUCCCCUGCCAGCUUUCAAAGGAACGCUACAAGAUUGAUAUAAGAAUUCCACACUGUGGAUAUUGCCAACAUAAGAACUGAAUAGAUUGCAUUUCCUGAUCUAUCUGCUGGUCUUUAAUUUCUCAUAAUAUGUUUCGUUUAUAUGAUAAGUUGGUCUAUAGAACCAUAUAUUUUGAUAUGAUAUGUUGAAUCACAUUUGAAAAGAAUUACAAAAGAGCGUACAGUGGUACCUCGGGUUACAUACGCUUCAGGUUACAUACGCUUCAGGUUACAGACUCCGCUAAUCCAGAAAUAUUACCUCGGGUUAAGAACUUUGCUUCAGGAUAAGAACAGAAAUUGCACAGUGGCAGUGGGAGGCCCCAUUAGCUAAAGUGGUGCUUCAGGUUAAGAACAGUUUCAGGUUAAGUACAGACCUCCGGAACAAAUUAAGUUCUUAACCCGAGGUACCACUGUACUGGAACUCGCAGUCACCAAAUGAAGUUGCUUCGCAGCAAAUUCCGGGUGGGCGAGAUAAUAUGCUUCUUCACACGGUGCAUAAUUAACUUGCAGAAUUAAUUGCCAAAAAGACAUUGUGGUGAUCCUGACUUAGAAUGUUUAAAAGAGGAUUUGACAAAUUUGUGGAAGAGGAGUGGUUUUCUAACCUAACAGCACUCCCAGAUUGCACUCCUUAUUAUUCAAAGAAAGGCCCUUCCAGAGUUGGUUGCAUAUCACAUCUCUGGCCAGACAAGCCACCAACCAACAGAACCUCUGCCCUGUCAAGAUUGUUUCAGUAUUUUUUUACUCUCAUCUGGGGCAUUAUGGCUUCCAAACAUGUCCCCUGUGCCAUAGACGGGUGCUAUCAGUGUAUCGCUGACACCAUCGCCAUAGUCUCUGACUUCAUUUGAAAGUUGAACACAAUGGAUACCUGAGGGAUCCCAUAAUGUCAAUAUCAAGGGGCAGAACCGAAGUUGCCUAAUAUCACUCUCUGCAAUCAAUCCUCCAGAUGCUUCAGGUUGCAGACUCUGCUAACCCAGAAAUAGUACCUCAGGUUAAGAACUUUGCUUCAGGAUGAGAACAGAAAUCACACGACGGCCGCACAGCAGCAGCAGGAGGCCUCAUUAGCUAAAGUGGUGCUUAAGGUUAAGAACAGUUUUGGGUUAAGAACGGACCUCCAGAACAAAUUAAGUUCUUAACCCGAGGUACCACUGUACCUCCGAUCCACAACCCAGAAACCCAACCAGGGUAUUACCAACGCAAGCUGUUAUUAUCUCAUACUCAAAUUCACCUCAGGACUUACCAAAUAUCAGAAAGAAAGGUUGACGACGUUGUUUACGGUAUGUCCACAUCGUUGAUCAUUCCAACAUGGUAAAAGAAGCAUAAACGAACCAAAGUUUUAUCAUCGUUUUAAUGUAUUAUUUCAUUUCCUUUUAAUUGUGCAUUUGUGGUAAAAAAAAAAAAUUAGAUGGGGAAGUGAAACUACUGUAGAAGAAAUUUUGUGUUUUGAAAGAAACUUAUGAGAAUCAGCACAGCAAGGAAGGAAUAGGGUGUGGGUGGAAUUUAUUGUUUUCUCUUUGCCCGUCUUUGUUUCCUUAAGCCUUCAAACUUAAUAAAUGGUGAGUCCUUUGGAGACAGCAAUGGAUUCUGAUGCAAUUGCUAUAAGCUGCCCAGAGCCCACAGGAUAGGAUCACCCACCAACUGCCUCUUUCUCUGGGCUUCUAUGUUUUUCUAAGCACUGCACUGGGGGGGGGGCAGGGGGACCACCCUCCAAGCAACCUGAUUUGGGGGGAGCAGUUUGUUUCUCCUUCCCCCCCCCAUUUCCAUUUCCUUUUAAAUGCAGAAAAUACAUUAUGCACAUUAAUGGCAGCUAAAGCUGUGGGAUCAGGAGAUGGAGGGAAUUCUUGUGUCCGUCCAAUAUUUAUCAUGGAAUCCCUGACUCUCCACAGCCUGUUCUGGAGGGAUUUGAAGGUCAUUAUUCAAAUGUGUCACAUGCAACUAUCAUGGUAACAAACAACAAUCUAGAAGCCCCUGUCAAUCACGUUCCUUUCUGUUCUGUCAUGUCAGAAAAAUGUUGUUCGUUGGGAGGGGCAGCCCUGCAAAUCCCAUCUAUUUUCACACACCCCCUUCCAUCUGUGAUAGCCUCACAAUUAACACUCUGUGCCAAGGAAAGUCAGUUAAAGAAGGCAAAUGUAUCAUCAGCCGGACCUGACUGCAACUCCUUCAGUUGCUCUGGAUAGUUUUAUAUUAGGUGUUCGAUUUGGUGAUAGCCUGUGGCCUCUAUCCUAUCAAGUAAUGAAAUAAUGAAAUGAAAACGAGGCCUGGGGGGCAGAGAGGAAUAGGCUACUUGACUUCUCAUCUCAACCUCAUGUAAUUUGUGAAAGCGUGUUCUCAUUCAUGGCGAGCACGUGAUGCGGUGGGGGCCUCCAGGACACUCCAAAGUUGUGGGGCUGGCUAAUUGACCAUUGGCCACUGAUGCGAUUGGGCUUCCCUUGUUGCUGGGAAGAAGUUAAUGUUGCCAUUUGUUGAUUGGCAGCCAGAAAUGCUAAAACUCCUUGCACGAGGCUAGGGCUUCCUCUUUUCGCCCGUGCAUUGGAUUGCCCGUCCCCCCACCCCACAGAAUUAGGGUUGUUCGCUUUGACCUUUCUAUGCCUGUCAUGGGGUCGUCUGCUCUUGGGCCAGGGGCCUAGUAGGAAUUUUGUCCAUCUGGCUGAUUGGCUGGAGCCAUUUGGUUUUUGCCUACUGUGUAGCAAAUCGUCACAACUUGUAAGGUUGCGGUUAGGCAUUGGUUUAUGGUUUGGUUGGUUGAGGGGCAUGGAUUGGCUGUGCCUGCCCCUCUCAUGCUGCUGCUGCAAGGGAUUCUGUUAAAGGAACCGGGGGCUAACUAUUGCUUGUCCACCCUGUUAAGGGGGCUCGGGCCACUGCAAGAGCUCCUGGCUGCAUUUGGGGAGGGCUGAGGGCAGGUUGCCUGCUCCAUCACUACCCCCAAGUGUAUUCCCCUUUUCUGACUUUUGCAGGCGUGCGGAAUGUCAGUCUGUCCCCCACGGUGGGGGCAGAUAGUCGCAACCAAUGCCUAAGCAACCACUCACAUGGUGUGUAUUUAAAUGAAGUUGUGGCCAAAAUUAUGCCAAAAACCUUAAACAAAAAUUUUGGUGUGAUGUGUGAGUUAUUGGGGUGGCCCUGGGGACCUCAACACGCAAGUCACUGUUAGUGGAGAUUUUGUAGCAGCACUUGUCCAUCUAGGGUUUGAGAGGGUCAGGGAGGGAGAGGAGAUAGAUUUUGUCCUUGUGAACCAUUCGGAGUGCUGAUCUUUUGUCUCCAGUGUGGCAGGGCCCCGGCUGCAUGAGCACUCAUGUUUGCUGGAUGCUCUCACUGCUGCUGUUGCCGGAUCUCAGCAGACCUUUGAAAAAUAGGACCCUCAGUAAGAGCAGCAAGUGUUUGCAAUUAGCUUCCCCAUAUGGUGGGUUUUGUUUUCUGCAUCUUCUCGGCAGAACAAGAGCCAAAUAUCUGGCAUAGCACAAUAUCCAGUGUGGUGUUAGCUCAUCUUACAAAAACCACAGGCUUGUCAGAGUUAAGUGGUGCUUCAGAAAGUCAGUGAAGGAAUCUCCCAUCCGUCAGUGGGUCAAGCUCAUUCUCAUGUCUCCUGUUACCAGGCAGCUCAGUGCUGUGUCUACCACAGGAUCGUACCUCCUCCUGCUGCUAUCCCUGGCCAGGACUGGAAGAUUAUCUUUUCUUCCUCCCUGGGCUGAAUUUGAGAUAUGAUGUGGUGCAGCGCCUUGCGGCUGUCUGUCUGCAUUUUCAUUGUUCUUUUCUUCCAGCAACAACUACUGGUGGUCCAUUUUGCAGGGACAAGAAGCCCCCUUUCUUAAUCAGCCCGGCUUCUUCUUGCUGUUUCAAUCAGUAAUAUAUUUCGAUUUCUCAUUAUUGGGAACAAUAAAUAAUCAACGAAAUGAAGGUCUGGGGAGCACUUUAAAUAUGAAAAAGCAGAUACAGUGGUACCUUGGUUUGAGAACAGCUUUGUUUAUAAACAACUUGGAAGUAGGUGUUUUAGUUUGUGAACCUUGCCUUGGAAUAAGAACAUGUUUCGCUUUCUGUUGAGUGUGUUUCAUUUGUAAAUUGAGUCCCCCACUGCUAUGGGGAAAGCACGCCUUGGUUUAAGAACGCUUUGGUUUAAGAACAGACUUUGGGAACGGAUUAAGUUCGUAAACCAAGGUACCACUGUACAUACCUUGGGGUAAGGCUGGAGUAUUUGGCCUAAGCUGUUUUGGUGGGUAAGCUGAAAAUGCACCCUGAGAUUGGAAUGAUUUUGGAGAGCUUGGUGAAAACUUGAAUACUUUUCAGGGGUGGGUGGCAUUAUUGACAAGGCUGCUUUUCCACAAUGAAAACAUUACUGCCUAAUGUCUCCUCUUCUACCCCCUUGGACAUUGCCAUCAAAACUAAGGGCAGUCUACUGUGCUGCUCUGCCACAGUUUGAAGGAGGAGGAAAGCAUUUUUACUGGAUAGGGGGGCCUUCUGCUGCCUCAGUCAUGGUAAGACCCCCACCUAAUAGACAAGUAUAAGCAUUGUGGAAAUGGCUCCACAAAGGUUUGUGCAUGCUAUGUUCAGCUCAACACUAAUAAUCAUCAGGAAGAAAAAGGCUUACAAAAAUUACAAUAAAUUAUGCUCCCGUUACAACAGUUUUGGACAUCUGCAGAAUUAUUACAUAUCUGGUCUUUCAUCUUCAGUCAGAUAAAUAGAAAGAUAAGCGAGACCAGGGACGGCACGGGCGGUUGUAAGUUUUCGUGUGCCACUGAGCAAUUAGAUUUAUGUAUUGCGUUCCAUGUUGGAUCCCUGCCUUCCAUAUAAUGUAGCCCCUGUGGUGUAGCUUAACAUAGGGUUACCAGACGUCCUCGUUUCCCAGGGACAGUCCCCAGAUUUGCAAAUAAGUCCCCAGACAAAUUCCAUCCCCGGAAUGUCCCCGGAUUUCAUCUAAUGUCCCUGGGAAACACAGCAGCGGCAGUCUCAGCAGCCCAGAGAAGUUGGCUCUGGCUGGCUUCAGGAGCUGCUCAGAAGUCCCCAUGUGAUGGUGGUGCAGGGGCUCUAAGAUGCAGCUUCCGGGCUGCCUCCACCUUCCCUGACCCCAGCAACUAAGCUGUGAAGGGAGGCUUCACGCUGCCUACCUGAGCUUGUGUGCAAGCAGGAGGGGGCAGGGAUCUCUCUCUUUAAAAAAAAAAUAAUAUUUAUUAAAGUUUCAAAGGGAAAAAAAAUCACAUUAAUAAAAAAAAUUAGCAAUAAAAAAGAAAAAUACAAAGUAGAAAAGAAAAAAAAACAGUUAAAAACAAUUCCAUCUUUUCCUCACUUCUUUUACAUUUACUUGUUUCCCAGACCUCCUCAUACCUCCCUCUUUUGUAUUCUAAUUCAAUUGUUAAUCCAACAAUUCCUUUCCCUCCUUUUUACUCCUAAUCCUUAGUCUUGAUAUAUUGUAACGUUAGAUUUUUACAUAUUAAAAACCAAUUUUUCCAUAUUCUUUUGUACCCAUACAGCUAGAAACCCCUUAACUUCAAUCCAACAUCAUUCUAACAUUCAUUAAUUUUACAAUAUUUCUGUAAAUGGUCUUUAAAUUUCUUCCAAUCUUCUUCCACCGACUCUUCUCCCUGGUCACGGAUUCUGCCAGUCAUUUCUGCCAAUUCCAUAUGGUCCAUUAAUUUCAUCUGCCAUUCCUCCAGUGUGGGUAAAUCUUGUGUCUUUGGGGGCAGGGAUCUCUCAGUUAGGCAACAGGAAGCCUCCCUUCCCAGCUGAGGGAUCCCGCCCCCUCCUGCUUGCACGCAAGUAGGAAUGGGAUGGGGGCUGCUCCGAUGGGAAGGGAGGCAUCGCGCUGCCUGAGCCUCACCGCCACAACUGCUCUCAGCCCUCCUUCUCCGCCUUCCAUGCCCACUGUGCACCACUUCCCCACCACCACCACCACCACCAAAGAACCAACAGCUCAGGGGCUGUCCAGGCUCAUGGAGAAAGGAGAUAGAAGCCUCGGAGGAAGGGGAAACGUGGAGGUUGAGGUCAAGGGAGCGGCGGCCCCUCUGCCACCGCCAUCACUGCAGCUUCAACGUCCCGAACGUGUAGUAUUUAUUUAUUUAUUUUAAGUGUCCCCGGAUUCAUUGGAAAAAAAAUCUGGUAACCUUAGCUUAACAACCCAUCUGGAAACCUGAUACUGUUUGGUAUUUGGAGACAGAGAUACCACGACUGGAGCCAUGAGACCUUGGAAUUGAGGUACCUUUGUCAUUAAGGUUUAGCAAAGCUCACAUUUACUCUCACAAGAGCUGAGCACUUGGAAGCAGCUUUAUUUUGACUGGGCAUCUCAUGUCCAGGAAUAGAGCAGGCAUAUCCAACAGGUAGAUUGCGAUCUACUGGUAGAUCACUGGACGUCUGUGGUAUAAAAAGCUCAACAACCUUGGCCCGACCCCCCCCCCCAACAGGGUUUUCCUUCCUAAAAAAAGCUUAACAACUGUGACUGGAACCCCAAAAAAAGGGGGUAGAUCACUGUCAGUUUUUAACUCUGUGAAUAGAUCGCAGUCUCUUGGAAGUUGGCAACCCCUGGUCUACAGUAAAGAUGUCAUAUCUCUAGCUAAACAAGCCUAGCUCUUGCAGAGUUUUGCUGUAAUGGCCACUAAUAGGAUUGCUUAGGAAAUCUCAAAAGAGAUCCAAAUGAUUGAGAUAAAGAAACAUGAAUUGACCUUUAAAAUGGGCAUCUUGGGUGCAUAGAAGAAGAAGAAGAUGAGGAGGAGUAGUAGUAGUAGUUUAGAUUUGAUAUCCCACUUUAUCACUACCCGAAGGAGUCUCAAAGCAGCUAACAAUCUCCUUUCCCUUCCUCCCCCACAACAAACACUCUGUGAGGUGAGUGGGGCUGAGAGACUUCAGAGAAGUGUGACUGGCCCAAUGUAACCCAGCAGCUGCAUGUGGAGGAGUGGGGAAGUGAAUCCGGUUCACCAGAUUACGAGUCUACCGCUCUUAACCACUACACCACACUGGCUCCCAGUGUGAAGAUUUGUCACAGCAGCUUCUGCGUUCUGGAGCAAAAACCUUAGGGCUAGGCCUAGUUCAUUCAAACAGCGGAUGAGGUAGUAAACUUCCUCCCUGGACAACAGGGAUGCCAGCAAGAUGGGACGCGGGUGGCGCUGUGGUGUAAACCACUGAGCCUCUUGGGCUUGCCGAUUGGAAGGUUGGCGGUUUGAACCCCCAUGACGGAGUGAGCUCCCGUUGCUCUGUCCCAGCUUCUGCCAACCUAGUAGUUCAAAAGCACGCCAGUGAAAGUAGAUAAACAGGUACCACUGUGAUGGGAAGGUAAAUGGCAUUUUCAUGCGCUCUGGUUUCUGUCACAGUGUCCCAUUGUGCCAGAAGCGGUUUAGUCAUGCUGUCCACAUGACCUGGAAAGCUGUCUGUGGACAAACUCUGGCUCCCUCAGCCUGAAAGCAAGAUGAACGCCGCAACCCCAUAGUCACCUUUGACUGGACUUAACCAUCCAGGGGUCCUUUACCUUUUACUUUUUUCUGUGCAUGUUCACUGUAUGUGGAUUGGAUCCACAAAAGAGGGCACAAUUUGCAUGAAAAUAUGCUUAUUUAUACUGUGUUAAUAGAUGCAAAAUUAGAAGUCAUUUAUUAAAAUAAAAAUAUACACCUCACCAUAGUGGAGGAGGCCAUAACCAGGUGUAAAAUGUAAAGGGUAAAGGGACCCCUGACCAUUAGGUCCAGUCAUGACUGACACUGGGGUUGUGGCGCUCAUCUCACUUUAUUGGCCGAGGGAGCCAGCGUACAGCUUCCGGGUCAUGUGGCCAGCAUGACUAAGCCACUUCUGGCAAACCAGAGCAGCAUGUGGAAAUGCUGUUUACCUUCCCACCAGAGCGGUAUCUAUUUAUCUACUUGCACUUUGACGUGCUUUCGAACCGCCGACCUUCUGAUCAAGUCCUAGGCUCUGUGGUUUAACCCACAGGGCCACCCGCAUCCCGUAACCAGGUGAGAUCCCCUCUAAUCCCUAUUUGGACCCUCUUGGUUUCAGUAAGCAUAAGACAGGGAUUGGAAGCCAUCCCCACUGCCCACCCCAUGAAGGGUCCCCAUAAAGGGUCGUUGACUCAUAGGCUGGAGUGGAUCAACCAGGAGCUGAACAUGAGCAAUAUGAUUGAUAGGCACAGCAUGUCUACAGGCAAACCCAUAAACAAAAUCUUAAAAAAGGGCCAACCAAUUGAAUUUCUGCUAGUCACACAGCUGUUAAAGAAACAAGAGCUCUGCUCUCUCGCCACGGCAACCUUAAACCAUGUCAAGAAUUCAAGUUUCUUGAGUCUUAAACUAGUUGCAGGUCUUUCAUCAGUUGAUCUUAGGCUGGCAAUCCAGUACAAGAUCAUGUGCGAUAUUUCAGGCGGCAGGGAAGUGUUUUAAGUCAGCAGAGAUUUAUGGCAACCAGUGUUUAGGUGCCCAGGUCUGGAUAAAUUCAAGAUCUAACUGGAAGGCAAGCAGUGUAUUCUAAGAACGUUUGUUGUGUUCUUUCUUUAUACUUCAUAAUAAUUUCUGAAAUGUGAUCAGUACAUGUCCAACAGUCAGUCAUGAACUCCUGUCUUUGCUGCAACCUUUUGCUUCUGGGUAGACAUGUCACUGCCCCUUUAGGUUUCUGAGCUCAGCCACUGUGACACUUUCACACAUUGCUUUAUGUGAGACUGAAGUCUGCAGGUUUAUGAUCCCCGCACUGGCUUUCGUGAGCUGCCAGAUACAUGCACAGGAUGUGUGUUUGUUGUGUUGGAAGGGCAGAGCUAUACGGUGAUCUGGCAGCAGUAGAUCACAGGGAUUACUCUCACACCUGUUUCUCCAUUUUGCCUCAACCCUUCACCUGUCACAGGUGCAGCCCACUUGCCAAAAUGUUCGAAAUCAAAAGUUUGCAAUGGCAACCUUGUCUCCGCAAGAAGAGCCCUGCUCUUCUCUGUGGCCUGCUUGCCUCUUAUGAGAAAGCAGUGUGUCAUUUAAAGUGGAGAAACUUUGGGUCAUUCCCCACCCCUUCUGCCCCCGCCACAAUCUGGAGCAGCACACAGUCCAGGAAAUAUUUUAACGCCUUAGUUCAGACUAGUUCAGGGCUUUGCCACCUUGCACCAUGGCUAUUGCAAGGUUCAUGAAGCACAAAGGUUGAUAUUCCCUCCAACCCAUCCCAUGACAUAAGGGCUACAAACUGGUGGGUGUUUGGCUAGUUGUGUUCUAGAGUGAGAUUUUCCUCAGAAAGCCAGAGGGCACCCUAGUUGCCCUGAACUGAAAUUCAGUGACACAAAAAAUUGUCAGUAAAAGCGAGAUUAAAGCACAAGCUUGGGGCAAUGUCAACGCAGAAAAAGAAAAACAAGCAAUUUCUCCCUUCCGUUGCCAGCACAGGAUAGCCUUAACUUUUGGGGGGCAACGUAAGGGAGUAAUGGGGUCUGUUCCAAAACCCACUGCUGAGCUGACCACCCCAAUCGAGGCCUGAACCUAACACUCUGCUUUGGGCCUUUUGCAUGGCAGACUCUUUGCAGUGAAGUGCAGCAGCUGCUUUGGAGCCAUUGCCCCCAGCGAGUUCGUCAUGCGAGCCCAAAAAAGUGUCUACCACGUGGGCUGCUUCUGCUGUUGCGUCUGCGAGAAGCAGCUUCAGAAGGGGGACGAAUUUGUCCUGAAGGAGGACCAGCUGCUUUGCAAGAGCGACUAUGAGAAGGAGCGCGAACUCCUCAGCCUAGUGAGCCCAACUGCGUCUGAUUCUGGUAAGGGGGUCUUAAGGGUGCUGCUGGUUACUGUGUGCCGCAGAAGGGCUCUUGUUGUGAUAUUUGGGGGUCAGGGUAUCAAAUGUUCCCCGGUGACAUUCCCCAAUCUGCUCUUAGUUUUAUAAUUCAAAAUCCUCUGGGCUGCAAAAUAUCUGUUAUUUAUUUGUGACUCACACCAACCCCAAGGGAAGGGAGCAAUGUUGUUGUUGUUUAGUCGUUUAGUCAUGUCCGACUCUUCGUGACCCCAUGGACCAAAGCACGCCAGGCACUCCUGUCUUCCACUGCCUCCCGCAGUUUGGUCAAACUCAUGUUGGUAGCUUUGAGAACACUGUCCAACCAUCUCGUCCUCUGUCGUCCCCUUCUCCUUGUGCCCUCCAUCUUUCCCAACAUCAGGGUCUUUUCCAGGGAGACUUCUCUUCUCAUGCGGUGGCCAAAGUAUUGGAGCCUCAGCUUCUGGAUCUGUCCUUCCAAUGAGCACUCAGGGCUGAUUUCCUUAAGAAUGGAUGCAUUUGAUCUUCUUGCAGUCCAUGGGACUCUCAAGAGUCUCCUCCAGCACCAUAAUUCAAAAGCAUCAAUUCUUUGGCAGCAAACCCUAACCCUCUUUAUGGUCCAGCUCUCACUUCCAUACAUCACUACUGGGAAAACCAUAGCUUUAACUAUACGGACCUUUUUUUAGCAAGGUGAUGUCUCUGAUUUUUAAGAUGCUGUCUAGGUUUGUCAUUGCUUUUCUCCCAAUAAGCAGGCGUCUUUUAAUUUCGUGGCUGCUGUCACUGUCGGCAGUGAUCAUGGAGCCCAAGAAAGUAAAAUCUCUCACUGCCUCCAUUUCUUCCCCUUCUAUUUGCCAGGAGGUGAUGGGACCAGUGGCCAUGAUCUUCGUUUUUUUGAUGUUGACCUUCAGCUGAAGCUCAAGGCAGUGGCGUAGCGUGGGGGGUGCAGGGGGGGCCGGCCGCACCGGGUGCAACAUCUGGGGGGGCGGUCGCACUCGCAGCUCUCUGCCCCUACUAAAAUCCACGGGUUAAGGGGCGCAAAUUACUUGCCUUGCCCCGGGUGCUGACAACCCACGCUACGCCACUGGCUCAAGGGAGCAAUAUUUAAAAGCAAUAGACUAAAACACACCUAAUUUUAAAACAAGCAAGCAAGGAAACAAGGAAACAAACAAACCUGUAUCUGAUUAAAAUAACUCCAUAUCUGCUUAAUCCAUCAAAAAAACUCUGUGGAGAAUGUUCCCUCACAAGCAGUUAACCUGUUUCUGAACUGUGUCUGAGUUCUGACUUAGCCUUCUCCCCAACAUGUUAGUGUUCUGUGCACAGGGAAUUGUUUUGCAAGGAGGAGCAAUAAAUAUUGUGGCCCAACAGCCACAAACUGAAGCAGCCCAGCCUCAGCCCAAAGGUAGUUUUGUAAACUCAGUUAAAACUAGGUUUCGGACUCUGUCAUGUCUCGUGCAUUGUCUUGAACUGCCCAAUUACCCCCCCUCCACUUAUCAUUGUGAAUAAAUCUUGAAGCAGUUUAUAAAGAAGUAAAUAAAAGUGCAUUCAAAACCAUUUCAGUUUCAAAAAUAGUACAGGUAUCUUAUACCAUUCAGGGCAGUAGGAUGAGUGCUACAAAUCAGGGGAAGCCUGAACAAACAAACAAGCUUUAAUAAAUGCCAGAAGCACCCAAAAGUUGAUGCCUCCUGAGUCCAAGGAUGGAAGGUAUCUCAGAGGACAGGCACAACUACGGAGAACACUCACUUUUAUAGGGUGACCAGAUGAUGUUCCACAAGUUGCAGCACAAUCAACAAAGCCAGUCCCUUGUUAUCUAAUGUCCCAAUGGUCUCCCUGACCUCUUUCCUACUUCUCAUGUAUUUAAUUUUUUUUUAAUAUUGGUCUUAGUGUUUUCAUCAAUAUCCUCCUCAUUUUUUUAUUUGCUUGCCUUAUUUUCAGCUUAUAUACGUUUUCCUUGAGUUUGUACCCUUUUUUUGUUCUCAUUCGGUCAAGACUCGCAUUUUCCGAAGGAAGCCUUCUUGCCUCUUAUGAUUUCCUUUGUUUCUUUGUCAUGACUCAAGCAUGCAUCUAUCCAUUCGUUGCUACAACACUUUAUCCUUUAGUCGUCUCCUUGAUUUCUUCCUCCAUCUCAAGAUCACCUUCCAAAUCUUUGGUCGGGGUCAGGGGCGGGCAGUGCUGAGCAGUGGGCAUCCAAUCAGAAACCAAGAAACAUUGAAACAAAGUUAGCAACUGGUCCUUCAGUACCCUGGACAGAUCACAAGGAACAGACCAUUUCAGCAGGUUCUUGGCACCUCCUGAGCUUUUCCAUACCCCCUGUGGUUCUGAGGGUGCCAGUCCCUUGGGAGAAUCUCAUUCAGUGGGUGCUGCCUUCAGAGAUACCAGUCUCUGGCUUUAAAGACUGUUUGCUUGGGUGCUGUGGCCUUAACACUUGUGCAUUUUCUGCCACUGGCCCUCCUGGCAUUCCUCUCCCUCCAUGUCAGAGUCUUGGCUCUGGUUGGAGCAACGAGAGAGAUAAGAGGCAGAAAGCAGGAAUGAGUAAGAAUGUACAUAGGAAAGGUUUUCUUCUUUUGCCAGUUGUAAAACCAAGAGUGGGGAUGAGACCUUUUUCAGAGAAAGGUUAGGAUUGUAGGACGGACCGGACUCUCUCACACACUUACCCACAUCACAAACAGCACCGUGAUGGCUUUGAUAAUGACCGUUUUGACAGAGAGGUGACUCUAGAAAAUGCAGCUGCCACGUAGAACAAAACCAGCAAAAUGCUGCCAUCUUCUGGCAGAUGGCUGGUAAAUAGAGUGAAGUAACUAGAUACACAGUGAGAAAGAGCCAGGUUUGAUUGAAAAGACUCAGUCGCUCUGCCCAGAUAGUUCUCAGAAGUGAGAGCAGUUGCAUCACGUUCUUCGCGAAGGAGACUGGGCUCAGUGGAGCAGAAGACCGAGACUGCCAGACUUGGCCUAUUGAGCCUCAGGCCCAUUCCACGGCUAGCUGCCAGGUUGUCAUGCGUCUUUGAUUGCCCCUUAGAGGUACCAUUCACAGGUUUCUUCCAGGAAUAUUUCCUGAAAUUGAACACAACACCCCAACUCUGAUAUCACGUCGAGCACUGAGUAGAAUGAGGCAAAAGCAAUAAAGAGUCUUGUGGCAGAAAUGGAUUAUGGCAGAAACUUUUGAGGACCACAGUCCAUUUCAUCAGAUGCAUGUAUUGUAAUUCUAAAUUGGAAAGAUAUGGUGGCUGAAAAAGUAAAGGAGGGAGCCAAAUGGAAAUGAAAUGCAAAAACAAUAGACAUUAAGUGCUUCUCCAGAUGACCUGUUCAGGGAGCAUUUGUCCUGAUUUGCUUGCACAAAGCUUCAUGUGGAGGUUAUGUGCUGCCUGCCUUUUACUGAGCAUUGCUUCUGAUUUGUUAGUGAGGAGAUCAUGUGACAACGAGCAUUUAUUUUGAUUUAUCUACCUGGUGGUGUCAUUGUUGCACAUUUUUUUGUUCGUGUCCCUUUCCUUUUUUUUUUUGCUUGCAGUUUUAUUUAUUUAUUAAAGUUCUUAUGUUACAUCUGUAAACAUUACCAUAUUACAUCACAAGGCUUAUUAUACUGUAAUUUUCAGCAUGUAUACAAAGUUUAUAUACUUAAAGGAAAACAAAACAAAACACAAGGACAAAAAACUAUUCCAAAAUCAUAUAUACACCAACACUUUGGACUUCCUGUCUAUCCCAUUGUAUAUUCCUUUUUUUACAAAUGAAUGUACUCUUAUUAUUGUAUAUUUAUUUACAUUUUAUCUAAUACAUUCCUCUAUCAAUAUGUACUCUUGGUCUUAUUUCUCAACUCAGUCUCUCUCCAACGUCAAUUGAGUGCUAGCAUAGAUAGUGAACCUUUACUGUAUUUUUGAACAUAUAUCUUAUAUCUAUCCCAUCCCUGUCCCUUUCCUAAGGACAAUCUGACCUCCCCCCCCUAAAGAAAGUAAAUGUGCUUUAAUCCACUUCCAUUGCGCAAACCUAGAUCUCUACUACACUACAGACCUCGAAGAGAAGAUAAUGAAGCACCACUUGAUGUCAUCUACGGCUCAAAGCCAAAGCUGCUCCAACAUACUUCCAGUGGUCUAUAGCCAAUACUUGCCAAUGACACUUCCCUCUUGCAGGUCUUGGGUAGUCGACCUGUACUUGGUUGCAGACAGCUAGUCUCCCUUGAGCCUCAGACUCUUUCCAUCGCUAGUUGGACCACAUAUAGACCACGUCACAAAGGCACAAACACAGAGACCAAACCCCACCACAAACCAAGAUGCCACGUUUGCUCCCAUAUCUACUCGGGCAACACUAUUACAGGACCUAACAGUGUCAGCCACAGCACCACAGAUUGCUUCACUUGCUCAUCUUCCGCUGUGAUGUGCGCUAUCGCCUGCCAGGAAUGGGGAAACAGACCUGUCUUCAUGCGAUAGACCAAUCGAGCAAAGCUGGCCAGGUAGAGGCAUGGAUAAUUUGGCUGCAAGAGCAAGUUCUGUGCAGCUGAUCUGUGCAGAAAACAGGCUUGGACCUCCCACCCAUCAGUUCAAGGAAUGCUUGGUUUGGCUGUGCGACUGAGUUCUUCUUGCGCAACUUGCACAUAGCCGAUGCCUGCAGACUUGAGCUUCCUGCCCAUUUGCUGAUGAGUAGGCAAUUCAAGCCUGCUUAUCAUUGGCGCUUAAAAGCACUGCACAGCGCUCUUUGCAAGCCUUGUACGGUGCUUUAAAGCCCCUCUCUCCCCCCCCCAGUCCCAUGGACUACUUUUGGCAGGUGAGUGACCUACCUGUGAAUCACCUGACACCCUUAUGACUUCAGUUGGUUGAGAGCUGGGUGGCCCUGUCUACCUGUCAAAGCUGGCUUGCAGUAGUUCCCAUUGGAACAGAAAGGUUCACUACCUCUGGAAUAAACAAACCCAAAUCUGACAUGAGAAAUGGCAGCAUCCAGAAACCAGAGCACUUUUUGUGGGAAUGUUCACGGAGGCAGGAGAGGAUAUAUUGUUUAAUUAUAUCCUUCCCAACUUGUGUUAACAAGUUCUACAGUUUAGCAGAGUAACAGUCCCCUUUUAAACUUACAUAGCGGAUAGGUUUGCCAGGCUUGCUUAAGCCUCUAAAAUAAGUUUCCUGGUAGUUCCCCUUUUAUUCCCUCUUAAAAAAGAAUAGACACGACACAGUCUUGUAUAAAAGUAUAAAAUAGUUUACUCACUCAUUCUGUUCACAGAUGGAUCCCAGAAGGCAGACAUAAGUUACAAAAUAUAUACACCUGGAAUCUAUCCCAUAGGGAGAUAGUUCCUUUGUCCUUUGCUCCUUUGUCCUUUGUUCCUUUGCUGGAAGCCAAGAGAGUAUCUCAGGCUGAUGCUCCUUCGAAGAAAGCAAAAUGGAGGAGAGAGAGAUGUGGUGGUCGGUCCUGUGCUUUUGUUACCUGCACAGGUAAAGUUACGCCCACCUCUGGUCACAUGUAGAGGAAGUUUGUCCCAGCACAGGAGGAAACAGGAAGUUUAUCUACUGUCUGGACAAACAUUCCUCUUCAUGUCUAAACAUGUCCACUCUAGGAAUGUUGUAUUUGGCUGUCCUGUGUUUCACACCCCACACUCUUAAGGUAGUCAUACUUGAACAAAGACAUUUUAAAGGCUUCUCUGGUGUGAAGCUGCUGAAUUACAAUUAAUCAAGGAGUCCAGUUCUGUUUAUUUGGGCCUGAAUAGGGAUUGGGGUUGUUGUUUUUUACGUAGAUGCUGAUGAUAAGCAACAAAGUUGUGUAAUCCAACCCUAAACCACAUUGACUCAAAAAUAAGUCUCACUAUCUUCAGUACAAUCUAGUCAUAAGUAGGAUUGGGCCAUUAGGCUCUCACAUGUAAAGCUCUCACAUGUAAACUAAAAGCACCAGUAUAUUUUCUAUAUUGCAGUCUAACCCUCUCAGCUUAACUUCUCAAAGGGCUGUCCUGAUUUGCUACAAGCUGGCCUAAGAACCUGUUUGGUUGACUGGCAGAAUAUAAGUUUUCUAAAAAGCAAAAUAAAUGUGGAGCGCUCCAUAGCUCAGUCAGUAGAGCAUUAGACUCUUAAUCUCAGGGUUGUGGGUUUGAGCCCCACGUUGGGCAAAAGAUUCCUGCAUUGCAGGGGGUUGGACUAGAUGACCCUCGUGGUCCCUUCCAGGUCCACAAUUCUAUGAUUCUAUCAUUCUCUGUCUAAGAGGAAGGACAGACUUUCCCCCGUGACAUUUAAUUGUGAGGCUAUGAGAUUAUGGCAUAUACUUGACCAGUCAGCAUAUAUGUAUCUUUAAAGACCCAGUCAGAAACAUAAGGGAACAAGGAGCACAAUGCAAACUUAGGACCACUUUAUGAGAAAAUGAAAAUAAAGAGCAAAGCACUGGAAGCCAUAUGCUGCCCAUAAUCUGCAAAGCCCUCAGUUCAAUGACUCCUUCCCUUGAGCCCCAGUGUCCAAGCCUAAGUAAACAGGCGCCUGUGAAAGAGGAGCCCCCUUUCCAAUUAAAAGUGUACUAACAUCCCUCCUUUUCCUAAUUCCCCCUAACCAAAGAAUUUCUUCAUCUUCAUACACGAAGCCGGUUCUUCAUCAUUCCCCCAGUGAGCCUUGAGGUUGCGCAGAGGUCACGGCAGACAAUAUAAACCGCCUGUAGUCCUUUCCCAUGUGACACCAGGAGGAGUCUUAAAGAUUAAUUAAUUCCUACCCUGUUCGAGGAAGGCUUGAAAGGCAGAGUUAAUUAAAAGCAUUGCCACGCUAAAGCAGAAUCAACUUUCCAUCAUUUGGAGGGAUUUGGCGAGCAGGUGUCUGGGGUGGCGGGGGAACACGGCCACUCUUCUUUCAUGGGAUGGGAUUCCCCCAGACUUCUCUCUGCACUGUUUCCCUCCCCCCUUCCCCAUCCAUUUCAAAGCAUUUCCCUAUUUCAUUCUCCUAUAUGGACAGAUGUGGGAAAUAUUUGAUCAGCCCGUUUCUCUCUUUUCCCCCCCGUAUAUAAUUUUUAAAAUUAAUUUUCAACAUAUCAUUUUCAACAAUAAUUAAACGUACUUUAACAUCUUAUACAAUUGUUUUGACUUCCAACAAUCACAUCUGAAAAUUUUCCAAUCUAUUUAUUUGAUUUACAUUUCUUAUUUCCACUAUUACAUUUAAAUCUCAUAACUAAUAUCUCUCUUCUUUGCAAUAUUUCAUAUAUUUCUCCUUACAGAACUUCUUGUAGCGUAAUUUGCUGAUUACGGUUGCUCUUCAAAUAGUUUGUAUAUUUCUCCCAAUCUUCUGUAAAUCUCUGGUCCCACAGGUUUCAAAUCCUUCCUGUCAUUUUAUCCAAUUCUGCAUAGUCCAUGAAUUUUGUCUGCCAUUCUUCUUUCGUCGGUAUUUCUUCUUGUUUCCAUUUCUGAGCCAACAAUACUUUUGCCGCUGUUGUUGGAUAUAAAAACAAUUUUACAUCCUUUCUAUUAAUAUCCUCACCUAUAGUGCCAAGUAAAAAUGCUUCUGGUUUUUUUAAAGAAAUGUAUAUUUCAACAUCUUUUUCAUCUCAUUAUAUAUCAUUUCCCAGAAGUUUUUUACUUUCUUACAUUCCCACCACAUAUGAUAAAAUGUUCCUUCUGAUCAGCCCGUUUCUCUAGUCAUCCUACGAAAGAGAAACAGGAACACCUCCUAGCAAUAAUGCGCUGAGGGGCAAACGCAGCACCAGGGAGGUGUUUUGCUCUAGUUAAGAAUCUGGCAACAUUGUAGACACUGAACUACCGUAUUUUUCGCUCCAUAAGACGCACAUUUUUCCUUCUAAAAAGUAAGGGGAAAUGUGAGUGCGUCUUAUGGAGCCCCUUCUGUUCCUCCUCUUGCUUCGCUGAAGGGGUGCUACGCAGCUCUCCCUCUCUGCGUAGUGCCUGUCCUGCGAAGCCAGAGGAGGAACAGAAGGGUCUCCUUCUGUUCCUUCUCCAGCUUCGCUGAAGGGGCGCUACGCAGUUCUCCCUCUCUGCACAGCGCCUCUCCGGAGGAGGAACAGAAGAGACUCCUGUUCCUACUCCAGCUUCGCUGAAGGGGCGCUGCGCACUUCUCCCUCUCAGAGAGGGAGAACUGUGCAGCGCCCCUUCAGCGACGCACCGUCCUGGCUUCUGCCUUAGCCCUGCGCAGCCUCUUUGGGCAGGGGGAGCCUUCAUCCCGCUGCCCUGAAGAGGCUUGGCGCGGUUAUCCCAGAUGCCAAAACAGCCACACAGUAUCCCAGAAGCUAGAUCCCUCUUGCUGUUCUGGCUUCUGGGAUUCAGAAUAAUUUUUUCUUGUUUUCCUCCUCCCAAAACUAGGUGCGCCUUAUGGUCUGGUGCGUCUUUUGGAGUGAAAAAUAUGGCACAAACCCAGACAGGAGCCCAGACAGGCGCACGGAGACAGUGCCGAGUUCUGAAAUCUCAUGCUUACCCAAAUGAUCGCCCCCCAAACACAAACCAACCAAUUGUCACUUCGCCAAUGCGAUUGAUUUCAGAGUGGCCAACAUAAUAAUUUGAAGUCCAACGUGGGAUAUCAUAAUUUUAAAAAAUCAGUAGGCUUCCAUUUUAUUGAAUCAAAACUUUAUUGCAAAUUUAGCAGUUGAGGAACCUGUUGUUGUAAAAUGCCAGAAAGCUCAGAAAAAAUCUUAAGCACCUUUGUCUAGAAACAGUGUGUCACACUACAUACGGCAAUCAGAUGUGUUUAUCGAGCACUUGUGCUGUUUCCUUCAGCAAACAUAGGGACAAGAUACAUUCCCUGUUGCCCACUUGGAGUUUCAAGUUCAAGAGACUCUGUGGAGGGAACGAAAUCCUGAACAAUAACACAAUAUUCACACUAUAUUUGACCAAAACAUCAUCCAGUGGUAAAAAUGAGACCGUGAUUUGCCAGCAACUAGAAAAUGGGUUCAGUUGGCGUAUAUUCUGAAUAGACUCCAAGUCUUGGGACUUGUUGCCCUUUCAUAUAAAAGUUGCAAAAUACAGAGCAUUUUCAGAAGUCGGUCCAAACUAGGAGUCUCCCUAGUUUCUGAAACGUGUGGGAAUGCACAACAUGUGUUUGCACAAUGCAAACUUGACUCCUUUUUGUCUCAUUGCCUCCAGUUAUCCCAUAUUAUGCACUGUAAAAUAAGCUGUUGGAUGUAUGAAAACACACGCACAACAUAGUGUGAGGUGCCUUUUAAAAAAGAUAUUCAGACUCAGGAGCUAUAAGUCUUGCAUACACUGGCUUUAUUAGAGCAAUUGACUCAUUGUUUUCAAAUACUAUUCACUGAUAAAAUGCUACUAUUUUGGACUCUACUGAGGCCUAUUCCAUACAUGCAACACAUCAGGAAAUGGGACUGAGGUGGAAGUAUGGACCAUACUUAGUCCAGACUGCAAGUGAGGAUUUGUUGUUUUUAUUUUAUUUAUUUUUUAUUAAAAAAAAUGUAUUGGUUUUACAUACUUUUAUACAUUUUAACUUUAACCAUUUCAAAACAUUAAAGUAAAAGGUUCUUUCAAACCUUCGGACCCUCUUCUCUCCCUUCAAAAGUUCCAUAUUAAAAAAAUAUAUAUUCUGCAUCUUUUACUGUUAUCUAUCUGUUAUAUAGGGACGCGGGUAGCGCUGUGGGUAAAACCUCAGUGCCUAGGACUUGCUGAUCGUAAGGUUGGUGGUUCGAAUCCCCACGGCGGGGUGAGCUCCCAUCAUUCGGUCCCAGCUCCUGCCCACCUAGCAGUUCGAAAGCACCCCUAAGUGCAAGUAGAUAAAUAGGUACCGCUUUAUAGCGGGAAGGUAAACGGUGUUUCCGUGUGUGACACUGGUGCUGGCUCGCCAGUUGCAGCUUCGUCACGCUGGCCACGUGACCCAGAAGUGUCUUCGGACAGCGCUGGCUCCCGGCCUCUUGAGCGAGAUGAGCGCGCAACCCUAGAGUCAGUCACGACUGGCCCGUACGGGCAGGGGUACCUUUACCUUUAUCUGUUAUAUAUCCAUAGUUACCAUCGUUCAUUUCACAUUACAAGUGUCAUUGUAUCCCUGCCAAUGAUUUUAACCGUUUACAGUGGUCUUUUAAAUACAUUAAAAUUUUCUUCCAGUCUUUAGAAAUACUUGGUCUUCCUGGUUUCUGAUAUUUCCCGUCAGUCUUGCCAUCUCUGCGUACUCCAUCAAUUUAGUCUGCCAUUCUUCCCUAGUCGGCCCUUUCCCUCCUUCCAUCUCUGGUCUAGUAGUAUUCUUGCUGCCGUCCUUGCGUACAUUAAAAGUAUUAUGUCUUCUUUUGGUAUCUCUUCACCUUUUACAGUGGUACCUUGAGUUACAAACACCACAGGUUACAAAUGAUUCAGGUUACAAACUCCACUAACCUGGAAGAGGUACCUCGAGUUGAGAACUUUGCCCCAGGAUGAGAAUGAAAAUCGUGUGCCGGCGGCAGCAAGAGGCCCCAUUAGCGAAAGCACGCCUCUAGUUAAGAACAGUUUCAGGUUAAGAACGGACCUCCGGAAUGAAUUAAGUUCAUAACUAGAGGUACCACUGUAUACCUAACAGAAAACCUUCUGGUUUUUUAACAAAAGUUUUCUUAAACAGUUUCUUUAACUCAUUAUAUAUCAUUUCCCAGAAAGCUUUUACCACUCCACAGAUUUGCUGUCGUUUUUAAAUGCACCGUGCAAGUUGAAAAUUAUCACAGCCGGGUCUUGGUUUAGGGCCAGAACCAUUCUCCGUUGCUGUGCUCAUUUUCUGUUUGCAAGGAACUGUUAAUAUGAGGGAACAUUUUUUUAAAAUGGCGCGCCCCCCCUCCAUGUGCAACCUGAAGCGGCAUAGUAUUGAAGGCACACACUCUAGUGCCGAACAUUUUACUGGAAUGCUAACCUUGCCAAUUAGGACUACCUUAUUCCAGACAUUUACUUAGAGUAAUGGAGGCCGAUGGCUUAAGAGCUUCCACACCUCCCAGGCAAAGUGUCCCGGCGUUUCACACACAUGCUAAUUGAAAAGCCUGCUUAAUUACUCUUCAGUGCAGUUCUGGCUGCCGUGAUGCAUGCUUUGAGAGCCUUGAGGUGAGAUUUCUCCAGUGCAAUGGGGACAUUUUUAAAGAGCAUUUGGAGCUGAGCUAUAGGUUGGGUCUUAGCUAAAAACACCAUAUGAUACCUGUGCAUAUAAUCUCUGGGCUUAAUUCCAAGUGUUACUGUUGACUUUAAAAGUUUGAAAUGGUUUGAAUCUAGGGUUAGGGUUAGGCUGUCUGAGGUUCCAUUAGUGGCAACUGGAGCAAGGCUAAUUCCCCCUGCCUGGCCAUCUUGCUUCUAGUUUGCAGAAGGAUGUUUAAAUAUCCUUCUUUAGGAAGAAGAAGAAGAAGAGUUUGGAUUUGAUAUCCCGCUUUAUCACUACCCGAAGGAGUCUCAAAGCAACUAACAUUCUCCUUUCCCUUCCUCCCCCAUAACAAACACUGUGAGGUGAGUGGGGCUGAGAGACUUCAAAGAAGUGUGACUGGCCCAAGGUCACCCAGCAGCUGCAUGUGGAGGAGUGGGGAAGUGAACCUGGUUCAUCAGAUUACGAGUCCACCGCUCUUAACCACUAUACCACACUGGCAUUUAGGCCCCUGGGAGAUGGCUGCUGACUUGUUGUGUAACCAGAUUUGAGUUGAACUUAAAAUCCUCUUUUGACUGCUUUGUUAUUUCCUUACAACCACCCCAGCCACACCCCUGUAAAAGUUGCAACACAGGACCCCUGGUUUCACUCCACUGUCUUUCCUUUCCUUACCAAAUGCUUCUGAGUGCUUUGUAGCCCUACGUGUGCAAAUUCUGAAAGGAAUUUUGAGCAUCUUCCUGUUAGUAUGGAGCUUUUCCAUGCAGUGGCGUAGCGUGGGGGGUUCAGGGGGGCCGGCCGCACCGGGCGCAACAUCUGGGGGGGCGCGCUCGCACUCGCAGCUCUCUGCCCCUACCUGGCUCACUCACUCUCUCUCACUGCAGUGCUGGCUGUGCGAAUCCGAUCCGAGCCGCUGGGUCGCCACCCACUGUGGAGGGGGUGGGUGCCAGGUGUGCGGUGCGGAGAGAGAGCGAGGGACUAUCUGGGGGAGGGACAGUGCAGCGGCCGCCCAGCGCAGCGCUGAGCGCGGGAGAGAACCACACCAGCCCAGCCCAGGCAGCACCAAGAAGAAGCUGGCAGCGGCGGCAGGUUAGGGGUUAGGGGGCGCAAAUUACUUGCCUUGCCCCGGGUUAGGGGGCGCAAAUUACUUGCCUUGCCCCGGGUUAGGGGGCGCAAAUUACUUGCCUUGCCCCGGGUGCUGACAACCCACGCUACGCCACUGUUUCCAUGCGGCUUCUCAAUUUGGGGUGAUUUCGUUUUAAGCAAAGGCUGGCUUGUGAAUCACACUGUGUGGGAUUUUAUCCCCUUCCCCAAUCUUUCAAGGUAAAAGUGAUGAUGAAGGGAGCCUGUGCAAAAUGGGAGAUGGCAGUGGGAAAACAGCCGAGGAAAGCAAGGACCACAAGCGGCCAAAACGACCCCGGACCAUCUUGACGACCCAGCAGCGCCGGGCAUUCAAGGCAUCGUUUGAAGUGUCUUCUAAACCAUGCAGGAAGGUACAGUUUGAUCAUAAGAAGAAACUGGCACCAUGAACACUGGAAUCACCAGAGGUAGCCAGUUUACACUGCCUAAGAUGUUGUUAAAUCCCAGGGCCGUAGAGUGACUCCUGUCUUAAUAAUUCCUAGACAUUGUGCUCUGCUGGUGGCAGACAGAGUCAGGCGUGUGGUCCACCAAGCAGAAUGCAGCCCAACAGACAAGUGUUGUGAUUUCCCAGGCACUUGACCAUCACGCCUGAGCAGUCAGCAAAAGGACAAGAGAGAUUUAAUGACCCAGGCGUGAGCCACUGUAUGUAGAUGACAUGCUGAUGGACUGCAAGUUGUGUAGCCCUACUUAAGCCUACUUAAGCCUGAGAGCCCCUUACCUGCUGGGAAAACUCAAAAAUUGUGGGUUGUUUAGUUUGGAAAAAAGAUUCCCUGCUGGAUCAAACCAAAGGCCCAGCUAUUCCCACAUUCUGUUCUCACAAUGACCAGUGAGGUGCCCUGUGGGAAUGUUCAGGAAGGCAGGAGAGGAUAUAUUGUUUAAUAAUAUCCUUCCUAACCAGUUCUAUGAUUUAGCAGAGUAACAUUCCCCUUUUAAACUUGCACAGCUGAUAGGUUUUCCAAGCUUGCAUAAACCUCUAAAAAUAAGUUUCCUGGUAAUUCCCCUUUUAUUCCCUCCUAAAAAGAAUAAACACAACACAGUCUUGUAUAAAAGUAUAAAAAGAGUUUACUCACACAUUCUGUUCACAAAUGGAUCCCAGAAGGCAGACUUAAGUUACAAAAUAUAUACACCUGGAAUCUAUCCCAUAAGGAGAUAGUUCUUUUGUCCUCUCUUGGCUUCCAGCCAAGAGAGCAUCUCAGGUUAAGGAGCUGUUGCUUCUUCAAGGAAUGGAGUCAGAGAGAGAGAUGGCUGCCUGCCCUGUGCUAUUUUGUUACCUGCACAGGUAAGGUCAUACCCAACUCUGGUCACAUGUAGAGGAAGUUUGUCCCAGCACAGGAGAAAACAGGAAGUUUAUCUACUGUCUGGACAAACAUCCCUCUUCAUGUGUAAACAUGUCCACUCUAGGAAUGAUGUAUUUGACUGCUCUGUGUUUCACACCCCACAUGCCCGUGGAAAGCCCCAAACAGGAUUUGAGCAGCACAGCACACUCCCCCCACUUCAUUUCCCCAGCAGCUACUGUUCAGAAGAUGUGGGUGGCGCUGUGGUCUAAACCACUGAGCCUCUUGGGCUUGCCAGUCGAAACCGCAUGGCAGGGUGAGCUCCUGUUGCUCUGUCCCUGCUCCUGCCAACCUAGCAGUUCAAAAGCACACCAGUGCAAGUAGAUAAAUAGGUGCUGCUGUGGCGGGAAGGUAAACGGCAUUUCUGUGUGCUCUGGUUUCUGUCACGGUGUCCCGUUGCGCCAGAAGCGGUUUAGUCAUGCUAGCUACAUGACCCGGAAAGCUGGCAAACGCUGGCUCCCUCGGCCUGAAAGCGAGAUGAGCACUGCAACCCCCUAGUCGCCUUUGACUGGACUUAACUGUCCAGGGGUCCUUUACCUUUUUUACCUUUACAGGGAAAAACUAAAGAGUUGUGGGUUCUUUAGAAAAAUAAUAAUCCCACAUUAAACCAUAAGAUCCCUGCUGGAUCAAACCAAAGGCCCAGCUAUUCCUACACCCUGUUCUCACAAUGGCCAGUGACGAGCCUGUGGCAAGCCCUUGCCCACUUCAUUUCCCCAGCCACUACUCUUCAGAGGCAUACUCUACAAUAGUCAUUGUAGCUAAUAGCCAUUUCUCUAAAGCCAUCCAAGUUGGUGUCCAUUGCUACCUCUUGUGGGAUAAAAUUCCAUAGUUUACGCACUGAGCAAAGAAGUGCUUUCUUUUGACUGUCCUGCAUCUUCCAACAUUCAGUGUUAUGAGACAGUAAGGAAAACCUUUCUUCACCCACUUUUUCCAUGCCAUGCACAAUUUUUAAAAUUUCUAUCCUGUCACCUGCUACUAUCCUUUGCUCUAAACCAAAAAGGCCCAAAUGCUACAACUUUCCCCCCUAAGGGAGUUGCUUCAUCCCUGUGAUCACUUUUGAUGCGCACUGAUCAGUAUUCCAUGUGUUUUCACAGCUCCCCUGUUUGGAGACACAUGCUUGAAAUCCGACUGCCGAACUCCAAAAACUUCCAGUUCUUAUGGUUUUGGAGUUUGGUGAGAAAUCUAGGGAGCAACUGCAAACACUGAGAUUUUGUGCCGAAAAAUGAAAAAACCCUUUAGGAAAACGUUGAAAUUUGUGUUGAGAGUCCUACACAUUUAGUAGUUUGCUGAUCCUUUUGCCUCUGUUUUAAACGAAUAAUCAUGUCUGCUGUUCUGACAUUUCAUGAAGGUAAGGGAAACGCUAGCGGCCGAGACGGGUCUGAGUGUCCGAGUUGUUCAGGUCUGGUUCCAGAAUCAAAGAGCUAAGGUAACAACAUUUCUCCUUGAAUCACUUACUACAUAAUGAUGCUGGGGCCUUUCAUCCAUUUUUAGAUAGGAGGGCUAUCUAUCUAAACUUAAAAUGUUGUCCUAGUUUGGAGUAGGAAUAGGCAAUUUGCAGAUUGCAUUUUUGGAUUUGGGAAGCUAUCUUACAGACCAUUGGUCCAUCUAACAUAGUUUCACUGAGCUGCAUAGGCUGGCAGAAGUUGCGUGGUGAGUUCCCGACCCCCCCCCCCCGGUGGAAAUAAUGACACAUGACACAAUUAUUAAGGUUAAUGGGCUAAAAAAGCCCACAACUUUAUUGGUUACAGGUGAUGAGCAGUAUUGGCUUAGGCAUUGGUCCUAGCUGACUACUGUAUUUUUCGCUCUAUAGGACGCACCAGGCGAUAGGACGCACCUAGUUGGGGGGGGGGGGAGGAAACAAGGGGGAAAAAUCUGAAUCCCAGAAGCCAGAACAGCAAGAGGGAUCUGGCUUCUGGGAUAGCCUCUUGCUGUUCUGGCUUCUGGGAUAGCCGCUGGGAGCUGCGCAGCGCUCCCUCUAGCUGUUCUAGCUUCGUGCAAAGCCUCCACAGGGUACGGGAAGCCUUCAUCCCCGUGCCCUGCGGAGGCUUCUGGGACAGCCCAUGAAGCCUCCAGAGGGCAGCGGGAUGAAGGCACCCCGCUGCUCUGGGGAGGCUUUGUGCAGCUAACCCCGAAGCUAGAAUAGCGCUCCGUGUCGCUGUUCUGGCUUCUGGGACAGCCUGUGAAGCCUCUGCAGGGCAGCGGGGUGAAGGCACCCUGCUGCUCUGUGGAGGCUUUGCGCAGCUAACCCCGAAGCCUUUGGAGCGCAGUGCGAGUUCCCGCUGUGCUCCAAAGGCUUCAGGGAUAGCCACCCGAAGCCUUUGGAGCGCAGCGGGACCUCGCUCUGCACUCCAAAGGCUUCCGGUGGCUAUCCCUGAAGCCUGGAGAGUGAGAGGGGUCGGUGCGCACCGACCGCUCUCGCUCUCCAGGCUUCAGCGAAAGCAAUGCGUAGCCUCCGGAGCGCGGAGGGAGCUCUCCCUCUGCGCUUUGGAGGCUUUGUGUUGCUUUCGCUGAAGCCAAGGAACCUGCAUUCACUCCAUAGGAAACACAAUCAUUUCCCCUUAAUUUUUGGAGGGGAAAAAGUGCAUCCUAUAAAGUGAAAAAUACGGUAUAUCCGACUUCAGCCCGUCCGCUCAAAGUCCGGGAAGGGUUAACCACCAAUAGGGGGAGUCUUGCUGAUGCACAUCAACUAGGAACUCCCCCAGGGUCACCACUAGGGGGCGUGCCUUAGGCCCUCACCUUCCUAGGCUUCAGACAGGGCCACGCCCCCCAGAAACCUUUAACGGACUACCCUUCAAUAUGCGGGGCAGGUGAUGGUGCUACCUCCCCUCUUCCAUCUACAGAACUAUACCAAAGCCUAACCGCCAAUACCCGAAAAGUUGUGAUGAUUUGCUACGAGGUAGAUGAAAACUACGAGGUAGGGGACGCGGGUGGCACUGUGGGUUAAACCACAGAGCCUAGGAGUUGCUGAUCAGAAGGUCGGCGGUUCGAAUCCCUGCGAUGGGGUGAGCUCUGGUUGCUCGGUCCCAGCUCCUGCCCACCUAGCAGUUCUAAAGCAUGUCAAAGUGCAAGUAGAUAAAUAGGUACCGCUCCGGCAGGAAGGUAAACGGCAUUUCCGUGCACUACUCUGGUUCACCAGAAGCUGCUUAGUCAUGUUGGCCACAUGACUCAGAAGCUGUACGCCGGCUCCCUCGGCCAAUAAAGCGAGAUGAGCGCCGCAACCCCAGAGUCAGCCACGGCGAGACUUAAUGGUCAGGGGUCCCUUUACCUUUACCUUUUAGUUGAAAACCAAGUGGCUGGUGCCAAUUUGCCAAGUGGAAAAAUUCUUACCAGGCCCCUCAAGGGCGACCAACCAAGGUCCAUAGCAAGGUCAAAGAAUGAAACCUUAUAGGGCGGGAGGGUUGGAAAUGCAGGAUCAAUUGGCGAACGGCAAAGAGGGAGAACCAUGGCAGCGUCCUGCCUUUAUAGAGCAGGCCACGCCCCCUGAACCAGCCGAUUGGCCAACCAGGGGGUGACGUGGCUGGGAAUCCCCCCAAUUGCGCAGGGGCUGGCCUCCACCCACCACGCGUGUGGACGGGCCGUGAAGCAACCCCACCUCCUCCUUAGGGCGGAAGAGGCUUUCUCAGACAGGGCUCUCUCUCAGCCCAUCUUAAGAUGCCCAUCUUAAGAACUAUCAGAGUGUAACGGCAGCAUCGUGCUUCUGCUAACCCUGUCGAUGCUUUUCCACCAUUUAGGAAAAGAAGAGGAGGGGAUACUGGCUUGUUCUAACCUUUCCUCCCUUUCUGUAACAGAUGAAGAAAUUAGCAAGACGACAGCAGCAGCAGCAGCAAGAUCAGCAAACAACACAGAGGCUCACUUCUGGUAAGCCUGUCUCCUAACCCCCUUCUUUCACGGGACCUGCCUGUUCCCUUUUCCUUGAAACUCCACCACCUACAGCCAGGAUUCUGAAAAUGGAAAGUAGAUUCUCUUUCCAUGGAGGCACCAGGAGUUGCUGGACAGGAGGACCAAAUACUUUCCUACCUCCCCUCCUUUCAAAUGCAGGUGCUUCCUACUUGAGCCAGAAGGCAGAAUAUGCCACGCUGAAUGAGGGAGGGCAUCAACAAUAUAUGGCGGCCAGUGAACCAGUCCUCUGCAAUGGGCAAGAUUUCAUUUCCUCAGAGACUUUAAUAGCAUGCCAUGAACAGCCAUGGUCCUCCCCACAAUAUCGAUUUGACUUAUCCCAUGGUUUUGUCAACACUCAGUUCUUGGGUGUUACCUUGAAAAACGGGAAUUUAUUGAUACGGAGAAGUUAUGAUUCACUUGGCUCCUAGGACAUCUCAGCUGCCAUGUCCUACCUGGGAUCUCUCCUCAGAUUGUCAUGGGUUUUCCACUGUAAUCUCCAUAGCUUUUUCAGUCCUUAGCUUUGCUUCCCAAUUUCCCCUUACUAUACAAGGCUGAACAUGCUUCCCAUCUCAACUCUUCUUUCCACGCUUGGGUCACUCUUCUAGCACAACGGCCCCUCUUUUGCAUGAUGCUAUUCAACUCCCACCCUGAACAGUGAACACAUCUAUUUUAAUGAUAAGAGGAAUUAAGGGCCAAUGAAAACAAGGCACUGGGAGAUCCAUGGCUGGGUCUUCUGAAUAUUCUCUCUCUCUCUCUCUCUCUCUCUCUCUCUGUGCAGUGAGGGGACAUGAAUUGGGAAAGCAGUGGUGGGAAACCCUUCCUGUGUUCUUUUCCUGAUCUCAGUCACCCCCUUUAAAGUGUGUACACUUCCCUCUGUGAGACAAAAAGCAGAGAGAAGGGGGUUGAACAUGGGGGGGGGGAUUUCCAUUCUGUGCAACAGAGGGCCUUCUCAGUAGUGGCACCCGCCCUGUGGAAUGCCCUCCCAUCAGAUGUCAAGGAAAUAAACAGCUAUCUAACUUUUAGAAGACAUCUGAAGGCAGUCCUGUUUAGGGAAGUUUUCAAUAUCUAAUCGUUUACAAUUUUUUAUGUGCUGUAAGCUGCCCAGAGUGACUGGGGAAACCCAGCCAGAUGAGCAGGGUAUAAAUAUCAUCAUCAUCAUCAUUAUCAUCACAGAAGUCCUGUCUUACAGUGAACUUGGCAUCCCAGGUCCAAAGGAGCUUAUAGUUAUAUUUUUCAUGAACUUGAUAAUAUAUAGGUCUGGCUGUCUGUGUCCCUUUAAGCAGCUCAUAUAUUUGAGUCGACUGAUGGUUUAAUUCAUUUAUUCCAAGACUGAAAAAAUGAGAAGUCGUAUAUGGGUUGGUCGGGUAUGGCUUUGAAAAUAGGGGAGCUGGGAAAGAGUUCACACCUCCUGGGACUGGAAAUUCAAGAAAAAAGUUCAUUAAGAAAAAAAGGCGCCAGUAUAGAAGACAGAUAAGAGCCAGGUCUUGCUGACAUAAGUGAAAUAUUAAGGUAUUGGGAGACUGAUCUUAUGAACUCGCAUUUUAUUUGCCAUUGUCUUCCAGCUCAGACAAACAGUGGCAACAACGCAGGCCUUGAAGGAAUCAUGAACUCUUAUACCACCUUGCAGCCACCUCCACAACAAGUAUUAGUCAUUGAUCAAAGUGUUUACAGCUCAGACCCCUUCCGGCAAGGGCUCACUCCACCACAAAUGCCAGGAGACCACAUGCACCCUUAUGGUAAGAGCAGAAACCAUGCAUAUUGUACAGACGGACUAAGAGGAACCCCUUAACAACGUGAAUUUAGGAUGUCAAGAGUCCAUAGCCCUCUAAGACAAUAUUUGUGCUGGGUUUGGGCUUCCAGGCUUAAGCUAGUGGAGCUUGAGAUUUUAAAUGUGUCUGGUUUCCGUCUAGAUCAGGCAUAGACAAACUCCGGCCCUCCAGAUGUUUGGGACUACAAUUCCCAUCAUCCCUGACUACUGGUCCUGUUAAGCUAGGGAUCCUGACAAGACAGAAGUACUGUUUUGGGGGGACAGGAGGUGGGCAGGUGUGGGGGACUCCCUGGUCCUGAAUGGGGUAACUGUGCCACUGAAGGACCAGGUGCGCAGCCUGGGAGUCAUUCUGGACUCACAGCUGUCCAUGGAGGCGCAGGUCAAUUCUGUGUCCAGGGUAGCUGUUUAUCAGCUCCACCUGGUAUGCAGGCUAAGACCCUACCUGCCCACAGACUGUCUCACCAGAGUGGUGCAUGCUCUAGUUAUCUCCCCCUUGGACUACUGCAACGCGCUCUACGUGGGGCUACCUUUGAAGGUGACCCGGAAACUGCAAUUAAUCCAGAAUGCGGCAGCUAGACUGGAGACUGGGAGUGGCUGCCGGGACCACAUAACACCAGUCCUGAGAGAUCUUCAUUGGCUCCCAGUAAGUUUCCGAGCAUAAUUCAAAGUGUUGGUGCUGACCUUUAAAGCCCUAAACGGCCUCGGUCCUGUAUACAUGAAGGAGCGUCUCCACCCCCAUCGCUCAGCCCAGACACUGAGAUCCAGCGCCGAGGGCCUUCUGGCAGUUCCCUCAUUGCAAGAAGUGAGGUUACAGGGACCAGACAGAGGGCCUUUUUGGUAGUGGCGCCCGCCCUGUGGAAUGCCCUCCCUUCAGAUGUGAAGGAAAUAAGCAGCUAUCUUAUCUUUAAAAGACAUCUGAAGGCAGUUCUGUUUAGGGAAGUUUUUAAUAUUUAAUGCUGUAUUGUUUUUAACACUCGAUUGGGAGCUGCCAAUUAUUAUUAUUGUAUGUCUGUAUAGCUACCUCAAACACAUGAGAGUGGCUUAGUCAAAAUUUAGAGGGCACUUAUGAAAGAAGUUCUCGCGUGUAAGCGCCGUUAAAAAGAAUGGCGCAAGAGCCCGACUCUGCACCCGAGCAGCUCCUGUUCAUUUCAGUGUUGUGUGAGUGGAUUGUGCCUGAGUGGAACAAAUCUUUCUCUCUGUUCUGAAGGUUCUGAGCACCUUUUGUGUGAGAUGGACAGUGACGACACCUCCCUCAGCAACCUGGGCGACUGUUUCUUAACAACUGUGGAACCCGGGCCCUUGCAGUCCAGAGUGGGGAACCCCAUUGACCACCUGUACUCCAUGCAGAGCUCCUACUUCACAUCUUGAGGCAUUUGAGGCUUCUGAACAGACCAGGGCUGGGCUCACUGCAGGUGCCACCUGGAGAGAAGGAGAGGAAAGGAUUUUGAAAUGGCUAGCUUCGUUUCCCAUUUGAAAAAUUCAGCGGAAAUCAGGAACAUUUGUGAAGGAAGAAUUCAAAACUCCGUUCUCCUUUCGCGAACCCAUUUGUGGAACGACUUUUUGAAACUGAGUUUUAAAUUUUGAAGUGUCAAGGAAUGCAUGAAAGAAGACAAAAACUUAUUCCCCCCCCCCCGUGUUUUAUUUAAGGCUGUCUUGAAGGCAAGUUGCAAAAAAGCAGUACUUUAGGCUUAGACUAGAUAGGCAAGCAAUAUUUCCCACUUUGGGACUGAAACAAAAGUUCCUCAUUUGGGUGGACUACCCUUCUGGGGGGGAAAAACUUAGAUAAUUUUCAAUAAUUUGUGCAUUUUGUAAUCCUUCUUGGCAAUCCUGGUGGCUUCUGCGAUUUCUGCAUUGCUAUCAUUUCUUCCUUGGUUGCUAUUUCUUUCUCCUUCCUGGAUUAAUCCCGUAAGUGAACCCACCUUAUCAGAAUCACAUAGUGAACAGGGUGAUAUCAGAAUGAAGUCAGUUAGAUCUGGGCAUGUGAGAGUGAGAGCAAUUUAAACUAAUAAAUGAACAUUAUUAUUAUUA